AUGCGGACAGGGAGCCGGCAGGACUGGAAGAAGAGGAGCAGCAAACAAGGAAAAGUAAGGUGAUACUAGUGGCAACAUAAGUAGAGCUGGAGUUGGCAGGGGGAGAAUCGCAGCAUCUUUCUCCAGACUCAUUGAGUCUUUAUCUGCAAAAUCCUCAUUCUGUUGCAGUUACAGCCCUAAGAGGCUGCUGCUGGAGGAAAAGGCAAGGUUCGUGUAAGCAGCUCUGCUCCUCGUACAGAUGUUCGUGUUUCAAAGCCCUGUAGCCACAGGGGCUUCUGCAAGCCCAUGGCAUCUCUAGGGCUUGAGUAGGGGUAGCCUGACCCUAAUACUAAAAAUGUGAUGGGAGUACAAGCCUUGCUCUGCUGUGGACUUUUUGAGGCAGUUUCCAGUGGCUUUGUCCUCCUUUUCUCAUAUUGAAUGGAACUGAUCUGCAGAAAAGACCUGAAAAGAGAGGGUGCACGUAACCUUUUUGUAACCUCAGAAAUUUUUUAAAUAACAAUUUUUUGAAAAAAGGAAUGGUACAGGACAUGGUUUGCAGUUGUGGGAAGCUAGCUCACUGGGAGCCUAGCCAGGCUGGGAAUGCCAACUAUCGCUGGUCGUUUUAGAGUCAGGAGGACAGGCUUUCCAAAAGGUGGGGAAACUUUGCAUUCAUGCUGUGAGUGUAUGGUCCCGGUUUGCAAGAGUGUGUGUGAAUGCUCACGGAGGCAAGGACGAGCUUUUUGGUGGUGAGUUGUGUCGGGGUUUAGAAAAUCAUUUAGCAUGGGAGUCCAAGUUCCUUUUGGGGUGUCUUUGGAGACUCAUAACAUACUGCCUAUAAAAUGGCAAAGGAGAUACACUUUCUUUUCUCUUCUCUGCAUUUUUGCUUCCCCUUAUUUUAUCCUUUUUCCUAUUUCAUCUGUUUUAGAUUUAUUGGUUCCCAAUGAUUUCAAGUAGUCCUUGGGGUGGGGGAAAACAGAGAGGGGUGGGUCGUUCAUGGGGAGUUUACACUGGUACACCAAAUGAGUCAUAAUGUUGGGUGGGAAUCACUGGGGCAAACGGAAUAUGCUGAAGUUGUGUUUUAUUGUACUAUUCUUUAAUGAAAUAAAGGGGGGAGGUGUUGAUGAUGAUGAUGAUGAUUUUAACUGGUUCUGAGGAAGGACCUGUACAAUUCCCCCUGUUCUAGGUGACCAUGGUAAAAACAGUAGCAGUUAUUGGAGCAGGAGUGAGUGGACUGGCAUCCAUCAAAUGCUGCCUAGAUGAAGGACUGGAGCCUACCUGCUUUGAGAGGAGUGAUGGCAUUGGGGGACUGUGGCGGUUCACGGUGAGUGUGUAUUCAGGGACAAAUGUCCCAUCUGUCCACUGAAUGUGCUGGUCUUGUAGCUUGUUACAUAUUUCCCUCCUUAUGACUGAAGCCUGCAAUCCCAACCUAUUUGGCUGGCCGGAUCUGACCUGAUGCGGUUUGGUAUUAGAUCUAAUCACAAGACAUGGGGAGCUGCAAUCAUGCUUAGAGAUUUCGACUUGUAAAGGUAAAGGACCCCUGGACGGCUGAGUCCAGUCCAAGGAGACUAUGGGGUUGUGCUGCUCAACUCGCUUUCAGGCCGAGGGAGCUGGCAUUUGUCCACAGACAGCUUUCCGGGUCAUGUGGACAACAUGACUGAACUGCUUCUGGCGCAACGGAACACCAUGGUGGAAAGCAGAGCACACGGAAACACUGUUUACCUUCCCGUCGUAGUGGUAACUAUUUAUCUACUUGCACUGGUGUGCUUUCGAACUGCUAGGUUGGCAGAAGCUGAGACAGAGCAAUGGGAGCUCACCUCAUCAUGCAGAUCCAAACCGCCGACCUUCUGAUCGGCAAGGCCAAGAGGCUCAGUGGUUUAGACCACAGCGCCACAGAUAUCUAGUUGUAAAAAUGUGUCAGCUUGAUUGAUUGAUAAAAGAUGUGAACCUGUUUUACAACUCAUUUUGUUGGAAAUGUGCAUUUGACUUCCAAAAAUUAAUUUGGGGGGAUGAACAUGGAGGAACCCACGGAAGAAACUUCUUAAGUGUUGCUUGUUCUGUCAUUAUGAGUUGUUUUGCCAUCUAUUGUGCUAUGCGCCAGAUUCAUCGGACAAUUUUUGGUGGGGAUGAAAAAGGCACAAGGAGUCACUUUAGUCUGCAAACACAAGAGACCUUUGCUGCAGUUCAGCAGUUCAGCAGAGGGUAAAAUGCAUAACUGUUCGGGCAUCAACUGAGAACAGUUAAUAAGUUCAGGGAAUUUCAUAGCAUUGCCAAUGUGACUAUUGCCCUCAAGGCUGGUUGUUGCAAAACCCGGAAUAACCUUUAUUGCUGCUAAUCAUGUGGUUUUAAGGCAUUUUCCAGUUUAAGAGAGGCAGUGCUUCUCAUGCUGAACAUACAUCUUUCUUUUAUAGACCGUUGAAACCCCUGCAAAACUUGUUUAGCACGGAAGAAAGUGGGAUUGGUAUACAAGCAAUAAUCCUUCCUUCAAACUGCCUUCAACUUUCUGAAAACAACUGUUGCCUCUCUCCAUCUGAAAUAGGCCUAGGUCUCCAUUUUAAACCUGUGCCAGGGGUCCAGGCUGCAGGACCCCCAGUAUACAAAAAGUCCCUGCUCAUAGAAAGCUAGUAUGUCAGGGAGAAGACACGGUGGGACCUCUUCUUCCUAGUAGUUUUCUAUGUGAAUGGGAUUUUAGCAGCAGAGAACUAUUCACUCGUGUGGGCCCAACCUGACAUCUAAAGUGGAAUGGUUUGCAAUAAAAGUUGGCCGUCUCAGUAUGACCAGAGUCGUUCCUCAAAUUCUUAUAAGCAAGCAUUUUGAGCAGCUGUUUUGUGAACUGUUUCUAAAAUGUACCUUUCCAUUUCAAUAGCAAAAGAGUAAAAGAGGAUAUUUAUAGGUUAGGUAUUGUGAUGUGUUAAACAUACUUCUCUAUCCUCCAUGGAGUCAAAUAGUGGCAACAGGGAGAUGACGUCCUAGGCCAUACAGUGGUGCCUCGCAAGACGAAAUUAAUUCGUUCCGCGAGUUUUGUCGUCUUGCGAUUUUUUUCGUCUUGCGAAGCACGGUGUCGGGAAAGUUUUGGAAAAGCUUCAAAAAUCACCAAAGUCUUUAAAAACCUCAAAAAGGCUACCACACCGCGUUCUAUGAGUUGCUCCUCGAAGUCAAGUCGCAACUGUAUUAACGGUGUUAAGAAAAAGGAAACAAACUUGCAAGACGUUUCCGUCUUGCGAAGCAAGCCCAUAGGGAGAAUCGUCUUGCGAAGCAGCUCAAAAAACAAAAAACCCUUUCGUCUAGCGAGUUUUUUGUCUUGCGAGGCAUUCGUCUUGCGAGGUACCACUGUACUAACAAAAUAAAAUAAAAAAGACAAAUCAUCGGGUCCAGGUGGCAUCCACCCAAGAGUUGUGAAAGAAGUCAGAUGUGAAAUGGUUGAUCUUUUAACAAGAUUAAGUAACUUGUCCCUAAGAUUAACCUUCACAUACUAGAAAUUGAAAAGUGUCCAAUAUAUCAAUAUAACAACCAAUUUAUUUAUUCUUUAAGUGAAUCCAGGGGUUCAGUUGCCCAGAGUGGUUGGGGCAACCCAGUCAGAUGGGUGGCUAAUAUUAUUAUUAUCGGGGCCACGGCCGAAAAAGCCCUGGCUCUGGUUGAGGCCUGCCUAACCUCCCUGUGGCCUGGGAUCUCGAAGAUGUUUUUAUUUGAAGACCGUAAGGUCCUCUGUGGGACAUACCAGGAGAGGCGGUCCCGUAGGUACGAGGGUCCUAGGCGUCUUUGUGGUGUCUUUAGGAUAUAUGGUGUAUUUAUGCAUAUAUAAAACUUGAGUCUGCGAUGAAGGGGUUCACAGCCUUGACAACUCAAAGGGGUCUUGUUUCUCCCAUAGCCACAGCCUUGGAUUCAAACAGAAAUCAGACGUUGCUCUGAACCUCUCUAUCCUACUGGUCACAUUCCAGCCAACUCUCAACUCUGCCUCAAACUCUGCCUUUCUUUUCAUACUAACUCUGAGUGAGGAUUCCCUCCCAUUCGCUGUCUGGUGCAAAGCCCCCUCUCUUUCACUUUCCUAACGGUUGUCAUGUUUUUUUGUUUUUCUUCUCCUAAUGACCCAUCACCCCAGGUGAGUUCCUGAACACAGGAAGCUGGGUUAGGAAUCUGGCAUCCAGUUUAAAAAGGUAAAGGGACCCCUGACCGUUAGGUCCAGUCGUGACCGACUCUGGGGUUGCGGCGCUCAUCUCGCUUUAUUGGCCGAGGGAGCCGGCGUUUGUCCACAGACAGCUUCCGGGUCAUGUGGCCAGCAUGACUAAGCAGCUUCUGGCGAACCAGAGCAACGCAUGGAAAUGCUGUUUACCUUCCUGCCAGAGCAGUACCUAUUUAUCUACUUGCGCUUUGACGUGCUUUCAAACUGCUCGGUUGGCAGGAGCUGGGACCGAGCAACGGGAGCUCACCCCGUUGCAGGGAUUCGCACCGCCGACCUUCUGAUUGGCAAGUCCUAGGCUCUGUGGUUUAACCCACAGCGCCACCCGCGUCCCGGCAUCCAGUUUAACCCCCACCAAAUUCUAACACCCGCUGGAGUUAGGAAUUUAAGGGAGCCUGGCACCCAUACUCCUUUCAAAGCAAAAAUAAAAUAAAAUAAAAAGCAAAAUGUGCUCUGGGUGCUGUGAGGAUUCCCAGAGAGGCCAUAAAAAUCACAUAAGCCUCUUUAUCUGCUAAUUAGAGUGCAAUUAAGAAGCAGUCGAGAAGCACCUGGGUUUUCUCCUUUUUCAUUGCUUGUGAAUAGACUGCUUUUUUUGGUCUGUUAUAUAACCAUUCUUAACUAUUUACAGAAGAGUAAUCUGAGAACAGAGAACACGGAAAAACUGCCUGCCUAGACAAUAGCCUGCCAUAAUCUUUAGAUUGCUUCCAAAGUGGCAAUUGCCUUAAUGCCACUAAAAUGUCUUUAAUUCAUUUUUAAUUUUUAUUUGAGUCCCCUUCCUUCUUCCUCACCCAGUCCACCAUGAGAACGUGGGGAGAUCCUCACAUGGAAGUGUGCGUGGGUAGCCUGCAGUUUCAUGCAAAGAUUUCCACAUUGGGGCACUGAUCCAAAGCUGGCGUUAGAACAGCCAUAGAAAAGGAUCGUCUUGAACCCUCUUGCACAUAAAGAAAUGCUAUUAGCUCUUCCCGGGACUAGAGAUGGACAGUCAUCCUGUUGCUCAACUUUGUAAGCAUUGAAAGUGAAGUCAUCAAGGCUUGAGCUGUUUGCACUAGGGCCUUGUUGUGGGGGAAGGUAGAGCUGGGGUCAGCAGUUGCAUGGCCCUGACCCUGCUUGCAAGCAUUUUUACAGGGCGUGUAGCUAGCGUGAUCUAGCGUGGAUCAAUGCAGUUCCUCUGCCAGGGACAUUUAACUCACUCAGGUCCUGGCAGAUGUGAGGAGGAACCCUCUGCCUGCUUCAGAAUCAGCAGGGUGGAUUUGAUUUAAAUCAAAUCUAUUUAAAUCACAAUUUAAAUCACUAGUCAGUAAGACUUGAUUUAAAUCAUUAUUAUUAUUAUUUUACAGAAAGACUCAUUCUUGCUGGUAUAAUCUUAAUAUUUACAACCAGAGGAAGGUUUCAUUUUUGGAAUAAUAAUUUUUCAGAGUAGUUUUUACAGUUAUGUCAAAAAUUACUGAUUUGGUUAUACUAUUAGAAAUACAUUGACAGAUAAUUAUGGGAUUAUUGUGAGGUUUAAUAAGUUAACUGUUUAUAUUUGGACAACUUUUCUGCUCUCCUUUAUUGGAAGGAGAAAAAUAAUCAUUUCCUUAAUAACAAUUUAAACAAUUUAUUUAAUUAAAACAGUAACAUUACAGCAUACGUAUCCAUGUUUGUUAACUGAUAUGGUUAAACUUUAAAAAACAAAAACAAAAUCCUUAGACUGAGUUUUAGCACACAUGAAAAACUUAAAACAAAUCCUUAUUUCCUGAUGAAUAGCCUUUGGAAUAUAAUGUAACUUAAAUGGAAAACUAUCUUUAGAAAGAUUUUCUCUCCAAAAGUAUUUUAUUUUAAAAAUCCAAUUUAAAUCAAAGAAACACAAUUUAAAUUUUUUUAAAAUACGAUUUAAAUUUUAAAAAUCUGAUUUUGUUAAAAAAAAUCAUUGAUUUUUAUCCACCCUGCUUGUAAGUAUACUGACCGCCCCUCCCAACAACACCACAAGAGAACUCCCCCCCCCCCCCAGUUUAUGAAGCAAAGUAUGGCAAUAUAUGGCUUAUGAUUUCCAAAUUCUUCAAACUGAGUUACUCUUACAUAUAGUAGCAUAGGCCCUUUGGUUUCACUGGAAACCCCCAAUACUGCAGCACUGCAUGCGUUCUCUCUAGGGAGGUUCACAUAAUAUGUUGAAAGCACAUGUGAGUAGAUUGUCUCAACCUUUCUUCCUUCCUGUGGCCUGUGGCCAAGAGUCCCUGCUUCACAUGCAAACAAUCAAACAAACAAACAAACAAACAAACAAACAAACGUGUGAAGGGACAGACUGAUGGAAACAUGUAGGGCUCCCCUACAUCAGAUACAGUGGUACCUCAGGUUACAUACGCUUCAGGUUACAUACGCUUCAGGUUACAGACUCCGCUAACCCAGAAAUAGUGCUUCAGGUUAAGAACUUUGCUUCAGGAUGAGAACAGAAAUCAUGCUCCGGCGGCGCGGCAGCAGCAGGAGGCCCCAUUAGCUAAAGUGGUCUCCAGGUUAAGAACAGUUUCAGGUUAAGUACGGACCUCCGGAACGAAUUAAGUACUUAACCUGAGGUACCACUGUACAGACAAGCUAGCAGCAUGAUGUGAAACUACAACUAAUCCAGAAUGUGGCAGCUAGACUGGUGACUGGAAGCGGCCGCCGAGACCACAUAACACCGGUCUUGAAAGACCUACAUUGGGUCCCAGUACGUUUCUGGGCACAAUUCAAAGUGUUGGUGCUGGCCUUUAAAGCCCUAAACAGCCUCAGCCCAGUAUACCUGAAGGAGUGUCUCCACCCCCAUCAUUCUACCCGGACACUGAGGUCCAGUGCUGAGGGCCUUCUGGCGGUUCCCUCACUGCGAGAAGGCAAGUUACAGGGAACCAGGCAGAGGGCCUUCUGGGUAGUGGCACCCGCCCUGUGGAACGCCCUCCCACCAGAUGUCAAAGAGAACAACAACUACCAGACUUUUAGAAGACAUCUGAUGGCAGCCCUGUUUAGGAAAGCUUUUAAUGUUUAACAGACCACUGUAUUUUAAUAUUUUGUUGGAGGCCGCCCAGAGUGGCUGGGGAAACCAAGCCAGAUGGGUGGCGUUUAAAUAAUAAAUUAUUAUUAUUAUUAUUAUUAUUAUUAUUGGCACACAGGGGGAGCAGGAGGUUGUUCCUGCUGUUCCCACACCUGACUUGACCACUGUGCAUCCCCUUUGUAUGCUCAGAAUGUACGCAAGCUGGGCAUGUGUAGGCUCUCUACAUACAAUCUGGGAUUUCCCAAAAAGCAAGGUGUCCAGUUGCAUGGGGCACUUAUGGAAAAAGUGAUGGAAAGUGUAAUGUAAUCCCAACCAUUCACCACUGAUCUGUUCCGGACUUUUGAAAGGAGGUAGGCAGCAUAGAAUAUAAGAAUCAUAGAAUUGUGAAGUUGGAAGGAACCUAAGAGUCCUCUAGUCCAACCGUUGCAAUGUGGGAAUCUCAACUACAUCAUACAUGACAGAUGGCCAUCCAACCUCUGCUAAAAACCUCCAAGGAAGGAGAGUCCACCAUCUCUUCUGGGUGUCUUUUCUACUUACUGCUGAACAGUUCUUACUGGAAAGCCAGUGUGGUGUAGUGGUUAAGAGCGGUAGACUCGUAAUCUGGUGAACCAGGUUCGCAUCUCCGCUCCUCCACAUGCAGCUGCUGGGUGACCUUGGGCUAGUCACACUUCUCUGAAGUCUCUCAGCCCCACUCACCUCACAGAGUGUUUGUUGUGGGGGAGGAAGGGAAAGGAGAAUGUCAGCCGCUUUGAGACUCCUUCGGGUAGUGAUAAAGUGGGAUAUCAAAUACAAACUCUUCUUCUUCCUAUCAGAAUGUUAUUCCUGAUGUUUAGUCGGAAUCUUCUAUCUUAUAACUUGAAGCCAUUGGUCUUACCCACUGGAGGAGGAGAAAGCAAGCUUGCUCCACCUUCCAAAAGGACAAUGCUUUAGAUUUUCGACGAUGGCUGUCAUAUCUCCUCUCAGUCUCCUGUUUUCCAACUAAACAUAUUCAACUUCCUUAGCCAUUCUUCAUAAGGCUUGGUUUCCAGACCCUUGGUCAUCUUGGUUGCCCUCCUCUGUACACGUUCCAGCUUGUCAACUUCCUUCCUAAAUUGUGGUGCCCAGAAUUGGACACAGUAUUCCAGAGUGGCGCCGUGGUCUAAACCACUGAGCCUAGGGCUUGCCGAUCGGAAGGUUGGCGGUUUGAAUCCCUGCGAUGGGGUGACCUCCUGUUGCUUGGUCCCAAUUCCUGCCAACCUAGCAGUUCGAAAGCACGUCAAAGUGCAAGUAGAUAAAUAGGUACCGCUCCGGCGGGAAGGUAAACAGCAUUUCCAUGCGCUGCUCUGGUUUCGCCAGAAACGGCUUAGUCAUGCUGGCCACAUGACCCGGAAAAACUGUCUGCAAACAAAAGCCAGCUCCCUCGUCCAGUAAAGCGAAAUGAGCGCUGCAACCCCAGAGUUAUUUGUGACUGGACUUAACUGUCAGGGGCCCUUUACCUUGACUUUAUUCCAGGUGUGGUCUGACCAAGGCAGAAUUGAGUGGUACUAUUACUUCCCUUGAUCUGGUCACUAUACUUUAUUUUUAUAUAUUUUAUAUAUUAAAUUUGUGUAUUGCUGUUCAUCCGUAGAACUCUGGGUGAAUCACAACAUCUGUUGAUGCAGCCUAGAAUAGCAUUAGUACCUUCAUCUUCUGAUGAGAAAUCCACUGUAUUGUAUUGGAAGGAAAGCUGGGCAUGUAACAUCCCAGCUGCACAUUAACUGUAAGGAUUUUCACUUCCUGAAGCUGUGCUUAUUUUCUAUUGUUCAUGCUUUGUCUUGCCUUCCCCAUUAGGAGUCUGCAGAGGAAGGCAGAGCCAGUAUUUACCACUCUGUGUUCACCAACUCUUGCAAAGAAAUGAUGUGCUUUCCAGACUUCCCUUUCCCAGAGGAAUUCCCAAAUUACAUGCACAACUCCAAGCUUCAAGAAUAUAUCCAGUUGUAUGCCAAACACUUCGAUCUUGUCAAAUACAUAAAGUUUAAGGUAAGAAAUUGCAAUCAAACUGACGGGAGAUUGUGGGUAUGCAAGGGGCUUGUGUGCCAUGACAAUUAUCUCUGGAUACAAGAAUUGGCCCCAGCAGGGCAAAUCACUUUGCAAUAGUGCAAACAGCUCCUCCAGAGCAUUUGAAAAUGUCAGCAUCCAUGAUCUGGGAUCUCUUCUUCAGGUCCAGGGCGCUGAAAAGCAGAGCUCGAUGGGACAACUGCUAAGGGCUUAUCCACACGUAAGCUUUUGCUCUUUGCAGACACAUGCUUUAAAGCUCCAUGUUGGACCAUUCUUUCUUUUUUCUUUUCUGCCCAGGAGCACAUUUAAGCUGAAGCGCAACCAAUGGCAGUGUGGGUUUUUCCACAGUUUGUCAUUUGCUCCAAUUCAGCAGUAAAGAGCAGGUGUUUGUGGGGAGCUCUCCGGAGCAAAAAAAAAGGAAAGGGAAAAGCACGCUUGGACAUGGAGCUUUAAAGUGCAGGCUGUGCCUGGAAAGCAUGGAGGAAAUGGGGAUGUGAAACACAAGACCAGUCAAGUACAACAUUCCUAGAGUGAACAUGUUUACACAUGGGAAGGAAUGUUUGUCCAGGCAGCAGGUAAACUUCCUGUUUCCUUCUGGGCUGGGACAGACUUCCUCUGCAUGUGACUAGAAGUGGGCGUGGCCUCACCUGUGCAGGUAACGACAAAAGCACAGGGCAGGACAGCCAUCUCUCUCUCUGUGACUACUUUUGUCGAAGAAGCAACAUCUGCUUAGCCAAAGAUGCUCUCUUGGCCUCCAGCCAAGAGAGAACAAAGGGACUGUCUCCUUAUGAGAUAGUUUCCAGGUGUAUGUUACUUUUCUAAGUUAAGUCUGCCUUCUGGGAUCCGAUUGUGAACAGAAUGUGAGUAAACUCUUUGUGUACUUUUAUAGAAAACUGUGUUGUGUCUUAUCUUUUAUGAGGGAAUAAGGGGAAAAUACCAGAACAGUUAUUAUAGAGGCGUUAGUGAGCCUGAGCAAAUGCAUCUGCUAUGAAUUUAAAAAGGGGAAUGUUACUCUGCUAAAUUGUGAACUUGUUUACACAAGUUGGAAAGGCUAUAAUCAAACAAUAUGUCCUCUCCUGCCUCCCUGAACAUUCCAACAGGAAAGGCCUAAGCUGAGGUUAAUUUAGAAGCAGCAGACCUACAGACAGGCAGCACCCAAAUUAGAACUAUCUGAAGAUUGAAGCAAUCUCUCCACAGGAAGCCGUGUUUACAUGGUUCCAGAAGUUCUGUGUGUGGAGGCAGGAAGAGCAAGUUCAGCCCAUAAUCCAUCAGCAUGGUUGCCAUGGGCUAAACUUUUGUGUCUGUGUGCUCUUCUCCUCUGUCCUGCGGCUUUUGGCCUUUCUGCCAAAGGGGUGUUGCAUUUUAGCUUGCGCAGGACUAGGAAGAGAGUGCGGAUCCUGAUGCAGGAUUCUUUUGUCAAAUCCCUUACUCCAAUCAGGUGACAUUUAGAUAAGCCCUGCCUGACACAGCCCUUUCUGGUAAAUCAGACCCUGGACUCACGACUUAAUUAUGUCUAUCUUUCAAGCCGAAACCACACUGAUACACUUUCUUGAACAUUUCCUCAAAGACUCUUGUGAGUAAAAUUAGGAAACGCCCGGAUUACCCUGUUACUGGCCAAUGGGAAGUCGUAAUAGAAAAGGAUGGGAAGGUGGAAUCAGUCGUAUUUGAUGCUGUUAUGAUUUGCUCCGGACAUCAUGUCUAUCCGAAUAUUCCAAAGAAUAGCUUUCCUGGUAAGUGACGAUACAAAAAUAUAUAUGAUUAAACAUAAUGUGAGCUCCAGUUCACGAACUGCUGUGGUGUGAGAGGCCUCUAUGCCUUAUACUGUCUUUCGGUGGAGGAUAGAGCUAAAGUCCAGUUGACUUCAGGUUGACUUCAGGCAUUGUUGAAGGUUCCUCUGGGCUAAGGGUGAGGGGCAAUGAAGCGGUCACUUCAUGCAGCACAUUCAAGGGGGUCAGUUUUGUUUGUUACUAUAUUUUACCACAGCAAUGGCACUGAUUCAGAUUUCCCACCUCAGGUACCCAAAUGUCCAAGUCUGGCGACACACCCAUCCCCACCACAAGAAAAUGGAAAGAGUGUCAGUCACUGAGAAGGAUUAAAAUUAGGCUAAUGACAAGGGCGAAACAAACAAAUACAGCCUAGAGCUGGCAUAGGCAAACUCUGGCCCUCCAGAUGUUUGGGACUACAAUUCCCAUCAUCCCUGACCACUGGUCCUGUUAGCUAGGGAUGAUGGGAAUUGUGGUCCCAAACAUCUGGAGGGCCCGAGUUUGCCUAUGCCUGGCCUAGAGUUUAUUACGAGAUCACUUUGCAGGGUUUGAAUAAUUGUCUGAGGACUUGUGAAAUUAACAGUUGUGCUACCAAAGUCAUCAGGAGCCCGGAUAAUCAAGUCUUGCAUUUCACAGUGCCUUAAUGCCAACAAGAUGCAUUGUUGGUUUUUUUGUUUCUUUAAAACAUUUAUUCGUUUUCCACUUUUCUGCGUAGGGAUAGAGAAGUUCAAGGGCAGAGUUUUCCACAGCCGGGAUUACAAGGGACCCGAAAAGUUCAAGGGGAAGAAAGUCCUGGUGAUUGGCCUUGGGAAUUCUGGCUGUGACAUUGCUGUGGAGCUGAGUGCCACAGCCUCGCAGGUACCUUCUUCCACAGCGCUUGGGAGCUCCCAUUCUGCUUAAUAAUUGCCAGCCAAAGGGUAAGCACUUUAAAGUCCUGUCAAUUUCAGUGGGAGAGAUAUUAAGUGCCCCAUUUGAGUCUAAUGGACUUGGAAAUGCUUAGGUUUUGGCUGCUGUGGAGGUCCUAAUUGGUGGGGAGAGAAUGUGGGGUUAUAGGGAAGGGAUGAAUCCUAUGUAUUGCAUGCCGGACACUGGUGGCGCUGUGGUCUAAACCACUGAGCCUCUUGGGCUUGCCAGUCGGCGGUUCAAAUCCCCGUGACGUGGUGAGCUCUUGUUGCUGUGUUCCAGCUCUUGCCAACCUAGAAGUUUGAAAGCACACCAGUGCAAGUAGAUAAAUAGGUACCACUGUGGCGGGAAGGUAAACGGCAUUUCUGUGCGCUCUUGUUUCCGUCACGGUGUCCCAUUGCACCAGAAGCAGUUAAGUCAUGCUGGCCACAUGACCUGGAAAGCUGUCUGUGGACAAACGCUGGCUCCCCAGCCUGAAAGCGAGAUGAGCACUGCAACCCCAUAGUCGCCUUUGACUGGACUUAACUGUCCAGGGAUCCUUUACCUUUUUUUACCUAUGCAGCUACAUAAGGUCUGGAGUGCAAUCCCCACCACCUCCAGCUUUAAGAGAUCUCAAGAAGCACUAGAAAGAUUGGGGCAAAGUAGGCAAUACAGUGGUUACCGGUACAUGCGCUUCAGGUUACAUACGCUUCAGGUUACAGACUCCGCUAACUCAGAAAUAGUACCUCGGGUUAAGAACUUUGCUUCAGGAUGAGAACAGAAAUCACACGGUGGUGGUGGCAGAAGGAGGCCCCAUUAGCUAAUGUGGUAAAAGGUAAAGGGACCCCUGACCAUUAGGUCCAGGCAUGACCGACUCUGGGGUCGCGGCGCUCAUCUCGCUUUACUGGCCGAGGGAACCGGCGUACAGCUUCCAGGUCAUGUGGCCAGCAUGACUAAGCCACUUCUGGCGAACCAGAGCAGCGCACGGAAACGCCGUUUACCUUCCUGCCGGAGCAGUACCUAUUUAUCUACUUGCACUUUGACGUGCUUUCGAACUGCUAGGUUGGCAGGAGCAGGGACCGGACAAUGGGAGCUCACCCCGUCGCGGGGAUUCGAACCGCCGACCUUCUGAUUGGCAAGUCCUAGGCCCUGUGGUUUAACCCACAGCGCCACCCGCAUCCCGAGCUAAUGUGGUACCUCAGGUUACAAACAGUUUCAGGUUAAGAACGGACCUCUGGGACAAAUUAAGUACUUAACCCAAGGUACCACUGUACUGGGUUUGCUUUGGCUCAAGGUAAGGCAGUUCCUUAUAUCUAUUCCCUGUCAGACUGAAAGGUUAUAAAUUCAUGCUGAAACGAAUGUUUAAAACAGAGAUGGGAAACUCGUGGUGCUCUAGAUGCCGUUGCACUUCCAACCCCCCUCGGCCCUAGUCAACAUGGCCAAUGGCCAGCAAUGAUCAAAGCUGUAGAGCGAGAUGAUCUGAAAAGCCACAGGUUCCACAUCCCAGAUUCCUGAACGGAAGCUUGUACCCAGUGUAGCAUCCUAUCAGGUUUUACUUUUGAGCCAUGGGCCUUUCCUCCCCUCUCCAAGUCUGCUCUGGAGGGUAGGGGAAGCUGCAGAAGAGUUUUAAGGGGGUGCUCAAAUGAAGAGCAUAUUUGCACCAUAGACCUGUAGAGCAGGUGGGGGAAUAGGCCUCAAGUAUAGGAAGGAAGCUGGGAAGCUAUCUUAUACCAGGUCGGACUAUGUGUGUCUAGCUCAGUAUUGCCUACUGAGUUAGCCAGCUUGAUGGCAUUCAGAUACUGUUGGACUAAAUCCCCACGAUUCCAGACCACUGGCCAUGCUGGUUAGGCCCAGAGGGGAGUUGGAGCCCCAAAGCAACUGGAGGAGCACAGAUUUUUCAUGUGUGGUUUAUACCAUCAUCUGUCUCUUGAAACGGGCAAAAUAUGCUCAUGCUAGAGCACUGAAAUAGAAUAGUCUUUGGAGACUUCCGUUGCAAUCAUUUUGCAACCUUUGGGCACACCUUACCAGGAUGCAAUCAUCUGAGCUCGCUCAUGUGCAAGCUCCGUUGAAUGGAGUGAGGAAGAAGUUACACAAGAAUGAUGUUUGGUAACGUGAACCUCUUUUGUGUGUGUCUCUCGCCUUGUCUCUUACCCGUUUUUAAAGGUUUAUCUCAGCUCUCGAAGUGGCUCCUGGGUCAUGAGUCGUGUUUGGGACAACGGCUAUCCCUGGGACAUGGUGGUCAUCAGUCGCUUUGAAACCUUCCUCAGGAACACCCUCCCAACAGCCAUCAGUGACUGGUUGUAUGUGAAGCAAAUGAACAGAUGGUUCAAACAUGAGAAUUAUGGCCUGAUGCCACUGCAUAGGUAAUAUUGGAAACUAAAGAGGUUGUAGGUUGAUUAGCUUUGAAAACGCAAACAAUUUGGAGCCAAACCCCACGUUGGUGGGCAGAUGAAAUGACCUGGAGCAUUUGAAUGCUGCUUUUGAACAUACAAAGCACUUCACAUACAGAAUCUUGUGAUAAUCUCUUUACAACAACCCUGCAAAGCAGAAUUGUAUUAAACCAGAGCAGCUAGUUACAUGCAGCUUUGUGGCUGUGUGUCCCUGAGGCAUGUCUUCUAAAGGAGGUGUUUGUAGCUUCAGGUUGAGUGGAGGAACUGGAAGAGGCGGGGGAAACUUUCUUUGCCAUCCAUUGUUUUGUUCAAAAUCUUCCCCCAGCUACUUCCCUCCCUGAGAGAUAAGUCAAUCUGUUUCUUUUCAUCCAUCAAAGAGAAAGGCAGCUGAGGAGAGGGGUUUUUGAGGAAUGAAUGUGACUUAUCUGAUCUGUAACUUUUUCUCUGAAGUGCAUUGGUUGUGCCCAACAAUGAGGCACAGUGGGGUCUGUAGUGUCUUUAUGAUAUAUGGCUUAUUUACACACACACACACAUAUAUACAGCUUGUAUCUAGUUGGAGAGAGUGCAACACAUUCACAUCCCAAGAGGGUCCUGUUCGUCCCAUUGCUUCAGCCUCAGAUUCCAAGAGACUCCAAACAUCAUAAAACAGACUGCAAAAGCGACACCCCUUUUCCCUGUUCACUUACCUCAUCCUCCACUGCAAUUCUGUCCAUCCAUCCAUCCCAAAACUCUGGCCUUUUGUCUCUGCUAACUAUCUCUCACCUCAGGGAAGGGCUUUCCCAUUUUCUGCCUAGCCCAGAGAGUCUCUGUUAAUGGCAUUCUUAAUGGGUUAAUGCAGGCAUCCUCAACCUUGGCCCUCCAGAUGUUUUGAGACUACAAUUCCCAUCAUCCCUGACCACUGUUCCUGCUAGCUAGGGAGUUGUAGGCCAAAAACAUCUGGAGGGCCGAGGUUGAGGAAGCCUGGGUUAAUGGCUGAGUCAUUCUGCUGUUUACCUCUUGAUAAUUUUAGGGGAGUCUUGCCCCCUCUUAUAACAGUACAUUAAUUAAAACUGCAUUAUAAGUGCAAAACUGCAGCAGCAGAUGAUUGGUGCAGAAAAAGAUGUACCCAUAAGAGAACAACUCAGCAAAGUUGAUGUAUUUUGUGCCGUUAAAAACUUUUGAUGCCCAGAGGCCGCUUUGACUCUGGCUGGAGGCUUGUCACCUGUAUUCUUGAAAACUUGAUUACAUAACCAUUCAAUGAAAAUAAAAAUUAUAAAGCAAGACAAAGGUCUGCCAAAUAAGAAACCACGAAGGGGUGUGUGUGUGUGUGUGUGUGUGUGUGUGUGUGUGGAAUCUAGGAUUUAUGUUACGGGCAAUUAUAACCUUCAUACCCUCUAGAAAAAAUAUAGUUGUUAACAAAACAAUUAUAUAACAAAAUAUUCAGUCAAUAUUCUAGCCAAGAACAUUUAUGAGAUCAGGCAGCAAACACUUAUCUUUUCCUGGAAAGACAUUAAGAAUUAUUUUUCUUAUGUAAAUAGCCAAGUAAGAGGUGUGGCAGAACUGCAAAAUAUUUCAAAUGCUCUUCUGAAGUGAAUUUGAUUUGUACAUGCUGUUAACUUUAUACAAACUUUGAGAUUAGAAGAGAAUAGCCAGUGCUCACAGAAACUUCUAAAGAAGAAGAAAAAUCAUCUUGGCCAGAACCCAACUAGGAAAACAUACCCUACAAGCAAUGUCUUAAGACUGAAUUGCCAAAUCCCAACAAACCAACAUAGUUCAAAUCAGCCACAAAGCUCACUUCAAUCUCCAACUGCUAGAGGACCACUGUUUUUGUUUUUCUCAGAACUUGUUUUGACCCUAUGCAAAAAUCCUGAGUGAUUUUAGGAACGCUUUCUGGGUGGCUGGGACCUGCUCCAAGGUAACCCCAAGAUAGAAGAGUAGGAUUCUGCCGCAUUAGUUCUUGGGCCUUUUGCACGAGCCACAGCACAGAUGUAGGAAUAAACUACAGCCAAAUUGCGUGGCGAGUUCCCACCCCCCACCAAGGAUAAAUAAAGACACCAGACACCAGAAUUUAAGGUUAAAUAGGCGAAUUAAGCCACAACUUUAUUGAAUUCAGGAAUGAGAGGCAUUGGCUUAGGCAUUGGUCCUAUCGACUAUCCGGCUCCAGCCCAUUUGCUGGAGACACGGGAAGGGUUAACACCAUAGAGGGGGAGUCUUCUGCUAAGGCACGUCAACUAGGAGCUCCCCCGGGUCACCGCUCGGGGGCGUGCCUUAGGCCCACACCUCCAUAGGCUUCGGACAGGGCCACGCUCCCCGGAGUCCUUUAUCGGACCACCCUUCGUUCUCUGGGGGGAGGUGAUGGCGUUCCUCCCCCCCACAUCCUUUUAACCCCUUCUUACCAAUGCCUAACCACCAAUGCCGAGGAAUUGUGACGAGUUGCUACAAGGUAGGCGAAAAACCAAAUGGCUGCAAAUUGCCAAUUGGGAAAAAUUCCGAUCAUGCCCCUUGCGGCGACAGACCGAAGUCCAUAGCAAAGUCAGAAACCUACCCAAAGGGUAGCCAAAUUGCAAAAGAUGCUUGAUUUCUUCAGUACCUACCUACUCUCUGGACAAAACAUAAAUUUCCCAGGGUGCCAUGAGGUCAGUUGCACUCCACUCCUUUCCACAACCACCAAGCACUCAUUUCCAGGUCAGAUGGCUUCUUAACCUGGGUUGGGGGAGAAGAGAGCCUGUCUGGAUUUUGCUUUUAAGCCCCUCUUUAAAAGUAAAACUAUCACUUUUUACUGGGAGAAGGAGAGCUUGUGUGGCAAGGCCCCGGACCCCCUAGUUCCCCACCAAAAUAAAUACACAAACACAUGUGUAUUGGUUAAUGGGAUGAAUUAGGCCACAACUUUAUGGAUUACAGAAGUGAGCAGUUUGGCUUAGGCAAUUGGGUGAAGCAAGACUAAAUCCUGACCCCUGCCUGACUGCAGGAAGUCUCCUAAGGGUCAACCACCGGAAGGGGGAGCCCUAUGAUGUACAUCAAUUGAGCACCCCCAGGGUCACCUUUGGGGAUGUGGCAUGGCCCUAGCCCACGCCCAGGCUUUGGACAGGAACCACACCCCCGGAUCCCUUUAAUGGGAUACCCUUAACAUGGAGGGGCAGGCAGAGGAACAACAACGAAUGGAGGCAAAAGGAGGCUGCUUCCCUGGCCGUGCCACAAUUUAUUUUUUCAAAUUCAUUUUUAUUAAAUUUUCCACUUUAGCAAUCCAAUCAAAUCACAUUAAAAAUUCCAAAUUAUACAUAUACAUAUCAAAUAAUCCGAAUAUUCUACCAAAUUAUAAUUUUUUUAAUAGGACUUCCCAUGCUUCAAGUUCAGAGGGUUCUGAUCAUCUCAUACUUCUACUGCUUUUCAUAGUCACUUCUGAUGGUUCCUCUAAUUCUUUGUGUUGUUAACCUUUUUUCUUUCACAGCCUCUGAGUUGUUCCCACAAGCGAGUUAAAACAAGCAAUGAUGUGUUUCUGUGUGGAUUUUAUGUUCCGUGCCACAAUUUAAAUAGGCGUAGCCACGCCCCCUAACAAACCCAAUUGGCUGGCCAGGGGCAUGACGCGGCUGGAGAUCCCGCUGACGUGGGCGCCAUUCCUCCACCCAUUCCUGGGUCACUGUGUGGACCGGGAUUCCUGCCCGCAAAGCAGCCCCUCCCCAAAAGUGGAGCUGACUUCUGGGAGCACUAAAAGGCCAUCUUCCAUGGGACGACCGAGCAGCACAAUGCCUGUCUCCCUUACAGUGGAAAUUGUCACUUUCCAAGAGCCAGCCUACAGCCCUGGCUCCGGUUUCUCUCUCUCUCCAGUGUGGUGUAGUGGUUAAGAGCGGUGGACUCGUAAUCUGGUGAACUAGGUUCACUUCCCUGCUCCUCCACAUGCAGCUGCUGGGUGACCUUGGGCUAGUCACACUUCUUUGAAGUCUCUCAGCUUCACUCACCUCACAGAGUGUUUGUUGUGGGAGAGGAAGGGAAAAGGAGAUUGUUAGCCACUUUGAGACUCCUUAAAAAGGACCCCUGACCAUUAGGUCCAGUCGUGACCGACUCUGGGGUUGCGGCGCUCAUCUCGCUUUAUUGGCCAAGGGAGCCGGCGUUUGUCCGCAGACAGCUUCCGGGUCAUGUAGCCAGCAUGACUAAGCUGCUUCUGGUGAACCAAAGCAGCACACGGAAACACCGUUUACCUUCCCGCUGGAGCAGUACCUAUUUAUCUACUUGCACUUUGUGCUUUCGAACUACUAGGUUGGCAGGAUUGAGACUCCUUAGAGUAGUGAUAAAGUGGGAUAUCAAAUCCAAACUCCUCCUCCUUCUCCUCCUCCUCUUCUUCUUCUUCUUCUCUCCCUACCCCAGAACCUUGCGCAAGGAGCCUGUCUUCAACGAUGACCUCCCGAGCCGCAUCGCAUGUGGAACCGUGGUGGUGAAGCCAAAUGUGAAGGAGUUCAGGGAAACGUCUGCGAUAUUUCAAGACGGCACUGCGCAGGAAGGCCUUGACUAUGUCAUUUUUGCAACAGGCUACAGCUUUGCCUACCCAUUCAUGGAGGACGAAUCCAUCAUCAAGUGCAGGAAUGACCAAGUCACCUUGUACAAAAGCAUUGUCCCUCCUCUGCUGGAAAAACCCACCCUGGCGGUUAUUGGCUUAGUCCAGUCCCUUGGGGCAGCUAUCCCAACCGCAGACCUUCAGGCCCGGUGGGCCGUGAGAGUGUUUAAAGGUGAGCACGGCUUCACGGCUAAGUAACGGACCUGUGAGCUGGAAGCCCCUGUUUCAAAUCUCAAUGCUUCCGUUAACAUACUAGGUGGCAAUAAACAAGCCACUGUCUCCCAUCUUAAUAUGAACAUAGGAAGCUGACUUAAUCUGGAGAUCCAUGUUCAAGAUCUCCCAUGUUUAUUUGGUUGUUUAAAGUUAAAAGUGGGGAUGCGGGUGGCGCUGUGGGUUAAACCACAGAGCCUAGGAUUUCCCAAUCAGAAGGUCAGCGGUUCAAAUCCCCGUGACAGGGUGAGCUCCCAUUGCUCGGUCCCUGCUCCUGCCAACCUAGCAGUUCGAAAGCACGUCAAAGUGCAAGUAGAUAAAUAGGUACCACUCUGGCGGGAAGGUAAACGGCGUUUCCGUGUGCUGCUCUGGUUCGCCAGAAGCGGCUUAGUCAUGCUGGCCACAUGACCUGGAAGCUGUACGCUGGCUCCCUCGGCCAAUAAAGCGAGAUGAGCGCUGCAACCUCAGAGUCGGUCACGACUGGACCUAAUGGUCAGGGGUCCCUUUACCUUUACCUAAAGUUAAAAGUAGCCACCAAACCAAUUUGGGCAUGCAGCGCUGAGAAGGGACUUUUAACAGUCCCCCCCUGCAUUUAACUCCCCCUCCCUACAAAAAAAUAGACUGGUGGUCUGAUUCAGUAUAAGGCUGCUUCCUAUGUUCCAGUAACCUAUUAUGCGUCUUCACCUGGGUAUUCCGGAUUGCAUGCACAUUGGUGUGUUUUUGUGCAUAAGUUUGUUUGUAUUUGGGAAAGUGAGUUUCAAGGGACAUAGGGGAUCAUUAGUUCUUUCUUAUUUUUCAGGUUUAUGUAAGCUGCCUCCACAGAACAGCAUGAUGGAUGACAUAGAUGAGAAAAUGGGGAAAAAGCUCAAAUGGUGAGUUUUAAGUACACAUAUUAGGUUUUUGGUUUUUUUAGUUUUCUGCUCACCUAGGAGGAAACUCCUCUAUCUCCCUGCAUUUUAAAGGAUUCUUUGAUUUCCUGCAAUCAGGUGGUUUGAGGAUUCUAUGCUAAAAUUUACAAUAUGCUUCAAUCGGUCCGUCGUCCACAUGUAUAUAUGCUACAGUUGCCCCAGCUGGUCCUCCAUGCAGAUCACCAAAAACAUUCUUGGAAAUAUUGAAAGCAUCAACCCUGAAGGACCAGCUGUCCCAACUCUAUGCAAGGUGAAGGGCUCACCCACACCUGUCCUACUGCUUUCCCCUGGCAAAAACUGCUCUUUAGAGCUCAUUUGGAGCAAACAGCAAUUGCGGUUUUCCGCAGACUGACUUUUGCUCCAAUUGAGCUUUAAAGAGCUGGUUUUCAUGGGGAAAGCUCUGGAGCAAAAAAGAAAAGGGUUCUUAGACAUGGAACUUUAAAUUGUUGGCCUUGCCUGGAAAGAGCAGAGGAAGGGAAAGUAUGGAGAAGCCCUCAGCAGCCACAAAGGAGAGGGACUUUUCAACAGUGGCCCCUGUGUUGUGGAGCUCCAUAACCCCAGGUAACAGAGCUUUUGAAGGGGAUGAGGGAUAAUCACUGUUGUCGAGUGUUUUAGGCUGCUGCUGUGUUUUUACAAUUAAUAUGUUGUUUGGUUUUGUAGGCUUUUAUGCUUCCAUUUAGCUAUGUUGGAUUUUUGCCCCAGUCACAAACUCUACGCCAUCGGAUCAGUGGUAUCCACGGCCAAUCAGAAAAUUAUGAAAAAUUUAUCUCCUAAAUGAUUUUGCAUGCACAUGUCAAAAGAGCUAGCCAAUUCCAGCUAGACACAGAGUUCUUUCAAUGAGCUUCACUUCUGCUUAUUCAGAAGCAAAGGACUUGGUUCAUUGCAGGGUGUGUAAAAUCCCAGACAUUCUAGAUGGCACAAUUUAGCCACAUGGGAAUAAAGUUCCCUGACAGUUUUCUUCUGCCUUUUUCCUGUUCUGCUUAGAAAUACAUCUACCAAACGUCCCCUUUCCUUUCCUUUCAGGUACGGCCAGAGCGAUACCAUACAAACAGAUUACGUUGUCUACAUGGAUGAACUCGCCUCCAGUAUCGGUGUGAAGCCGAACAUUCCAGUCCUCUUCCUGACAGAUCCCAAGUUGGCUCUGCAGGUUUAUUUUGGCCCCUGCAGUCCAUAUCAGUUUCGUUUGUCGGGACCAGGGAAGUGGGACGGAGCCAGAGACGCCAUCUUGACGCAGUGGGACCGAACACUGAAGGCCACAAGAACCCGUGCUGUGAAGGGCGACCAGAAUUCUUUCCCACUCUUUUCUAUGCUCAAAAUACUCGCUCUCCCCCUUCUCCUUCUUGCCAUUUUCAUGAUGUUCAACUGAGCGACCUCAGCGCCAAAAUAUACGUGACAGAAUGCCGUGUGGUUUUUGUUGAAAAAGCUGCAUUUUUAUUGAAGAUGUAAACUUUUUCAUGCAAGGGAGAAAAAACCCCAACCCAAAGCAAAUAGCAUGCAUAAACAUAAGUGAAGCAUGAUAAGGGAGAUACAGAAAUCAGUGUGCAUGAUGUUAAACAUGAAGCCACAUAGGAAAGGCGGGAAAGAAGGGCUGACAACAGAAAUAGUAGUAGUAAUAAUAAUAGUAGUAGUAAUAAAUAAGGCAUCCCUCCCACCUCCCCGCAGCCUUACUUGUCAAGUACCUUUUCCCCUGCUCAGAACAUUCCCAGCUGGUCUGAGGAGAAAAGGAUUUGGGGACAGAAGCUGCUCAAAGGUAAAUCAUAGAUGUGGAGUCUGUAUUCUCAUUAUUUUACAUUUAUUCUCAUUAUUCUCAUGCAUGCGAGCUGGAGGGACAGCUCUCAGCUGAACUGAUACAAGCAACUCCCCAUUUUACGCAAUUUCGCAGACAUACUCAAAAUGCUUUUGCCGUCUUUCACUGUAGUCUUUCUAUGUUUAAGCCUUGUUCCUCUCUGGUACCGACACAUAACUUGUCAGAAAAGAGGCAGCAUCUUAGAUUUAUAGCAGGUAUAAAAUGUCAGCAUGCCACAGAGAACAAACAUGAACUAUUCCAUCCUUUCGGGGUUGCCAGCUUUCCAUAUUUUAUCUGACCAUUCCGUAUGGGCUGAACAUCCUGUCUCCAUUUGGAGAACUAUUUGACCCUUGUGAAAGAGAUAUUUUGAGGAGUUGGGAAGGGCAAAUUUUAAGAAUUUGAGGAGAAAGGUUCGUGCUUUGACCUACAAAAUGGCUGAGGUUAUUGUGAUUCAAUGAUCCGCCACCCGCUUGGGGAUAAGAAAGACACAUGGACACAGUAUAUUAGGUUAAUGGGCUAAAAAAGGCCACAACUUUAUUGAUUACAGCAUGUAAGAGGUAUUGGCUUAGGCAUUGGUUAAACAACAGAGCGCGACUCCACCCCCUCAGGAAGAGGUGAGUCUAUCAAGGGUUAACCACCAGUGGGAGGAGCCUGUUAAUGCAAAUACAACUGAAAGCUCCCCCUGAUGUCACCGGGGGUCGUGCCAUGGGCCUAGCCACCAGCAAGGGCGUCGGACAGGAUCCACGACCGCCGGUUUCCUUUACCGGAAUACCCAUAAAGUGGAAGGGUAGGCGAUGGUCACACCCUGCCCUCCAAUACACAAACAUAUUCCAGUGCCUAACCGCCAAUACGUAAAAGUUGUGAUGAUUUGCUACGAGGUAGGUGAAAAACCAAGUGGCCGGUGCCAAUUUGCCAGUUGGAUAAAAAUUCCUACCAGGCCCCUUGAACAACCAAGGCGACCAGCCACAGGUCCAUAGCAAGGUCAAGAACCAAGCAGUGAACUAAAGGGAGGGUGGGUGGGUGAUCCAAUGAAAACCAGCAGCGGAAUGAAAGGGAAGUGCUGCAGUGGCCACAUUUGAGUGGCAAAACCCCGCCCCCAAGCCUCCACCUGGUUGGUUGGCUACCUGGGGGCGUGGCGCAGCAGCCAGACUGCCAAUGUGGGAAAUGGCUCCUGCUCGCAACUCCUCCCCUCUGUAAUGAGGAGAGGCUUUCUCUUCCAUCUACCAGAGAAGAAGAAGAUGCAGCCUUGGCACAACUUCAAGCAGCUGCAUGGGUACUUCAGCCACAUUUCUGGGGCAGAAUGUCUCUUGCAGUGGCACCACAAUAUGCCAUAGCAUGAUUCCCAGGGGUAUUAUUGGGGGUGGAGCUGCCCCCGACAUCAGCUCAGCAACGUGGCCAGAGGAGUUGAGUUGCCACAAAGUAGUGAUAAGGCUUUUGCGUGAUUAAACAAAAAGGGGGGGCAGGACUCUCAGCUACCUUAGAUUUUAAAACACAUCCACCCGCUGUCCACAAAUGCUUCAAAUCUGCCCACUCAUCUCCCAAGAUCACUGUAAUUCAUGGAGGGCAUGUUCUCCCCACCCUAAAAACUAACACAAUAAUGCUAUGCCAAAUAGCAUUUGGGGCCUGAAUACUGCUACACAGCACCCCAGUGUCUGAGCGGUGCAAGAUUCGGGGGGUUUCAGGUGCACUUAAAAGGGUCUGAGUUUCCUUUCGGACAGUGAGGUACAGUGGAGACUGGUGUCUUAAUGGAAUAUACAGCAUUCACAUCCCAAGAGGGCCUAUUCUCUAUAAGUACAUCGUUGGAUUCAAAGAGCAGCAGAAAGCCACACUCUGUCAUGAAGUUGUAGCAAAGUUCUUGGGCAGACUCAAAAAUACCAAUAAAUCACUGCUGGCAUGGAAAGUUGUGAAAAGUUUAUUUCAAGAGAGGAACAGAUGUGUUAAAGCACCAAAGCACACCAUUCCAAGGCACAGGGCUCAUAUUUUUAUGGUUCCUCUACAAAGCUUCACGUGAACACAAUGUGAUCAGCACCGUGAUCACAUUCAUUGGUUAUAAAAAACAUGCUCCUAUCUGCGUAAGCAAUACCAUGGCAACCCUGUGAUCAACUCCCGCCCGGAAACCUAUGUCCCCACUGUGGAAGGAUGUGUGGAUCCAGAAUUGGCCUCCACAGUCACUUACGGACUCACUGUUAAGACCAGGCACAGGCAAACUUGGCCCUCCAGAUGUUUUGAGACUACAAUUCCCACCAUCCCUGACCACUGGUCCUGUGUGAUGGCCUGGGAAUCCGAUUCAGAGGCUGAACCGGAGGAAUCCCAGCCUGCACGGGAGUCCCCGCCUCCAGGGCCGGCUGAGUUGGGGCAGGACCUUGGAUCUGAAGCGCCUGCACCUGUGCCGGAUCCUCAGGAGCAGGCACCAGGUGAAUCCACUCUGGCUCCGGAGGUGAUUGAGGACACAUUGCCUACAGGUGCACCUCUCCCAGCCCUGUCAGGGGAAGGUGAGUCUCCCCCUGGGUCCAGUAACCCUCCAGCCUCUCCUGAGCUUCAGAGGCUCAGGGCAGAGAGAAGGAGGGAACUGGUUUCUCCCAGGAGGAGUGCUCGCCUUAAGGCCAGGAGAGGCGGGUCACCUGGGGGCCGGGACCGCCCCUGGCCUCAAAGAAGAUAAAGGCCAGUCAGCCCGGUCCCAGGUUGCGGGAGCAACGUCGUUGAAGACCUGUUUCGGCCAGCACCCAGACCUGUUCUUCCAGAGUUCACGUCCUUGCCCAGCUUCUCGCGUUGGACCCCGCUUCGCCCUUGGAGGUCAGUCUGCAGACCCUCGACCCAGGCCCCUGACCACGCCACGCCUCAUGGUAACCUCCCCCCGGGACCAGCACAUCCUGUUAGCUAGUGAUGAUGGGAGUUAUAGUCCCAAAAUAUCUGGAGGGCUGAGUUUGACUAUGACUGGUUAAGACCGUGUUCAUAGAAGACAAUCUUACUCGGCUACAAGUCAUCACCAAAGAAGAAGACCAUGGCAACAGGUGGUCCCUCUCCCCAAUAAUAUUUUAUUAAGACCUUUCAUAAUACAUUACAUGGUCUAAACCACUGAGCCUCUUGGGCUUGCUGAUUGGAAGGUCGGUGGUGGUUUGAAUCCCCAUGAUGGGGUGAGCUCCCGUUGCUCUGCCCCAGCUCCUGCCAACCUUGCAGUUUGAAAGCAUACCAGUGCAAGUAGAUAAACAGAUACCACUGCGAUGGGAAGGUAAACAGUGUUUCCGUGCUCUCUGGUUUUCGUCACAGUGUCCCGUUAAGCCAGAAGCGGCUUAGUCAUGCUGGCCGCAUGACCCGGAAAGCUGUCUGCGGACAAACACCGGCUCCCUUGGCCUGAAAGUUAGAUGAGCGCCGCAACCCCAUAGUUGCCUUUGACUGGACUUAACCAUCCGGAGUCCUUUACCUUUUUACCUUUUAUAAUACAUUACAAUUAAAAACAAACUAAUGAAAACAGAAACAGAAAAAGAGCUAAAGAAGAAUGCAAAGUCCUUUCUCACAGGUAGAUCUUAACUCUUGUCCCACACAGAAACAGGUGAACCCUCCCAGCCUCCCACCCUGGGAGAUCUUCCCUUCCCUGCUUCCACUGGCGGAGGAAUGGGGGGAGAUUUUUAAAGGAAAACCCCAAAGUUGUCGAGCUUUUAUUUUACAAAAAUGCCAUGAAAAACCGUGAUUUUUAAAAUGGAUUUGCCUAAGAUCCAGGACAAAGCACCACCUUUCAGAAAUUCCUCCGCGGACGUCAAUUCCACCUUUGAAAUACCGGGGGAAUCCAAACGUAUGGCAGCCGUAUUUCAUGCCUUUCCUUUAGCCUGUCCUUACAAUGCGUGCAAAAACCUCACAAUAUCUCAGAAGUGCAGAAAGAGGAGCGCUUGCUGAAUAAACGAGGCCUCUGAAAGUGCUGGUAAAUUGGAGAGAUCCUUAUACACACGCAUAGGUUAUUAACGCCAUCAAGCCUGCAAUGGCCAGAGGAUAUUGCAAAUUCUGGGAACAAAAUUUAGAGAAAGGGUUGGAAUGUAGCUGAUGGCAAGAGGAACAGAAGAGAAAAGAGGUAAGAUCAAAACAUCCAUUUUUUUAUGCAUGUCCAGUGAGAGGAGGUGCUGAACACUGAGGUUUGCUGAAGGUGAGCAUAUGAAAAAGAUUCACAAAAUGGUGGAAUUGGGUGGGACCACGGCGGUCAUCUAGUCCAACCCUCUGCAAUGCAGGAAUCUUUUUGCCCAAUGUGGGUCUCAAACUCACAGCUGUGCGAUGAAGAGUCUCAUGCUUUACAGACUGAGCUUAUCACUUAUUAAGCAUUUUAACAAGAAGCAUCCCAAACGAAUGUAAAAGAGUGUUUCUCUACAUGAUAACAGCAUCCAGAAUUUUAAUAGCAAAAUAUUGGAAAAAUGAGUCAACACCAACAAAAGAUGAAUGGCAGUUAAAGCUGUGCGAGUACAGUGGACGCUCAGGUUGUGAAUGUGAUCCGUGCGGGAUGCACGUUCGCAACCUGCCGUGUUCGCAACCCGUAUCUGUGCACAUGCAGGUUGUGAUUUGGCACUUCUGCGCAUGCGCAACCACCGAAACCCGGAAGUAACCCGUUCUGGUACUUCCAGGUUUCGGCAGUCAGCAACCCGAAAAAACACAACCUGAAGCGGCUGUAACCCGAGGUAUGACUGUACUUGAACUCGCCAAAAUAAUAAUAAUAAUAAUAAUAAUAAUAAUAAAUUUUAUUUAUAUCCUGCCCUCCCCAGCCGAAGCCGGGCUCAGGGCAGCUAACAACAAUAAAACAGUACAAAAGUACAAGACAAACAACACUCUAAAAUGAGAGUCAAUAAGAAACCACUCAGGAGAUAAGGUUAAAAAAGAAUGGGGUUGCUUUAAAAAUUACUUAAUAAAACAUGUUUCCCAUAACAACCCUUGGCUGUGUUUAGAUUAAUUUCACAGAAAAGGAAUUUUUUUCAUCCUGUCUGGACAAACAAUUAAAUACAGAUAAUUUAAAUAUAAUAGUUGAGUUGAAACUGCAAAGAGAUAGAGGGAAGUCAACAAAAUCAUAAGGGACUCAAACCAGUACGAAGAUAAUAUCUUUUUAGGAUUUUGUGUGUAGAAUAUUUAAGUUAUGGUUUGUACUUCUUAAAAGAUGUUGGUUUUGACAAAAAAAAUUGUUGAUUUUUUUACUGUUUUUUUCCUUUCUUUUCUUUUUAUCAAUUUUUUGGGGGUAUUAUUUUCUUAUUCGUUGUUGUCCUAUUUAUCCUAGAUCUUUAUAAAUCUUUACUAUGUAUUUUGUAUUAUUAUUAUUUUCUUAUCUUAGAAUAUGUAAUUUAGGAUCAAUUUAUUCUUUUUAUUAUUAUUUUUGUAAAUUUCAAAAAUGUAAUAAAGUUAGAAAAAGAAGGAAAAAAAGAGAUCGGGGAAAACAACUAGCAAAGCCUGUGUUUGACCAUAUUGCACUGUACUUUUGUUUCAAUUUGUUAUAGUAUAAAUGGGUGGGAUCAAGGGGAAUAUACAUGAUCUGAGGAGAAAGGAGAGAGGCCAAGGUUCUCCAGGAACCUGGAACCAGCCCUGCAAGAUACAGGGAGAAGCCAUUGGCGCCUAUCCCUACCUGUUCCCUGCUUCCUGUGCUCAGCACCUAAGAUACAAGAGCAGAUAUUGCUUAAACAAGACAGAUGCCCUGCUGCGUCAGCUUCCUCAUGCUCCUGGUUCUACCUGCAAAGGUGAGUCAGCUAAGAAGAAGCGCAUUGAGGCUGUGCCAAGAGCCCCGGGGACAAAGGGAAUUCAGAAGCUGGCUUGCUUGCUAGGAAUGAAUCACUAUUUAGCUUUGGAGAGGCUGGGUUCUGGUUGACUAAAACCCAUAGCUGUCAACUUACAGAUUUGAAAAUAAGGGAUCAGCAGCCAAAAUAAGGGAUUUUGGCUUAGCUUAUACAGAAAUCCGGCACUGAUGGAGCCAUGCUGCUUUGGCUGCGACUAACUGUGUUUUGCAGGGGGUUGGACUAGAUGAUCCUAAGGGUCUACAACUCCGACCAAAGAAGAGUGGCAGACGAAACUGAUGAACGACGUCGAGAUGGCAAAGCUUCCAGGCAGAAUUAGAAACCAGGAAGAGGACCUCUUUAAUAAAGAAUGGGGAAAGUUUAUAAUUCAGUUGAAAAGCUAUUGCAAAGAGUUACAUACAUUGGUAGGAUUGACAGAAAACUUGUAGUAAAAAUUUGAACUAUGGAUGGACAAAUGAUUUAUAAAAAUAGUUAGGAAAGGGAUGCAGAGGGGGAAAUCUUGCGGAGGAGGACCCCGAGCCUCUGCUUCCCUCCCGAGCCGGGCGAGCAUGAAACCCGGGAAAUUUAAGGGACAUCAUCAAUAAGGGACAGCAGCGGGACACGGCGCUGGGAUGAGGGAGUUUCCCGUCAAAUAAGGGACGGUUGACAGUUAUGCUAAAUCCACAGUUACUUUGCUACCAGCUGGAACUCGUCUAAAGUUGAGUAUCCUUUGUUUGGCCAGGCUGUUCUUCCAAGCUGUAGGUAGAGCAAAGGCACGGCAGCUGCUUCUCAAUUGUCCUGUUGUCUUUUCAAGGGAAGCCAGCAAGUUCAGCUUCCACCGCUCCACUACCUCUAGCUGUCAUUAAAGGGAGAACAUAUAAGCCCAAAUCCACAGUCCCACAUUCCAUGUGAUUGUGUAACCCUAGUCCUUGGCUAAGGUUGCCAAACUCCUUGUGUUUUCAAAGAAGGUUGCUCACAAACAUCCACAGAACAUUUUAAGGCAACUCUGUUUAUCACACAGACACACCCCAGUAACCCUAAAGACUGUUCCAGGGGAAAGGGGCAUCUAUCUGCAUCAACAAGUUAACUCCUAGUGCUCUGUGCCUGAGAGAUAAAGAACCACGUGAGCAUGGACUGCCCCCUUGUCAAAAGUCUCUGGAGCUCAGCUGGAGUGUGGAUUUCCCUCUAGACACUGAAGGGACAAUCUGCUUAAUCCAAGCAACAGAGGAAGCCAGGUAAGAAUUGCCAUUUCCCUACGGUACUUUGGCUCUUCAACCUUUUUAUCUCUUGACUCUUCAAGUCAAACCACAUAUUUGAGAAAUCUAUGACCAGAUAAUGCUGGAGGCAGAAGUAUUUCACUCUUCCCCCCAUUCUGCUAUUCUCCAGAUUUACCUAUCGCGCCUACAAUGCUCACACUCUCUGCUUCCUCCACCAAAUACAAAUACUGUACCUGUAAGCUCUGGCCAGGCCAGGGGACAGUUUUGAUUUGUCAAAGUGGUGCAGAGUAAUGUGUUAAAACCCCCUUCAGCAGCACUGCUGCGCCAAUUAAAUUUAAUGAAGGGGAGAUCUGGUCACAAACCUCUCACCAACAGUUAGGAUUUUUGUGCUCUCGUUGAGCAUUUAAAAAUGGUUUUGCUUUUUCUGUUUCCCGAAGAGAGAAUGAGGAAUUUCUGUCUUGUGUGUGCUGAAGUACUCUGAUUUAUAGCCAUCGUUUUAUUUCGGUAAUUGUUUUAUCCCAUAUGGUACAAGGGCAGCUCACAAUCGAAAUCAUUAAAGAAAGAACUGCAAACAUUUCACAAUGCUGAAAUACAGAACAUCAGCAGUGAAUGAAAGCAGAUGAUAAAAAUGAUAUAAAAACGAUCGAAAUGUCAAACUUUCCCAAAGUCCUAAGUAAAUAGGUCCAUCUGCAACCGGCAGCCAAAAGUUACCGUAAUCAUAAUUUCUGCAUGACAAGUUGAAAUAACAUUAGAAAGUUUACUUGAAUGAUUUUAAGAGACAUAAAUGAGUAUUGUACAAAUAUAUCUACUAUACACUAUUAUGUAAAGUACAAACAAAUAUCUUAAGUCAUACAACUUACCUUUUCAAACUACUCAGUCAUGAGCUUUCCUGGACAGCAAACCACUUCAAAAUCUGAGAUAUCUCUCUUGCAUCCUCAUAGGUUCUUAAAGUGCCACCAAUACUUACUAUUAAGGGGUGCUACUGUCAUAAUUCCAAUUCCUAUUUCCUAUCUGCAUUUAAGAAGUCAAUAUUUGGCAAAAUCUACUAAUACAUAAGUCGAUCCAUUACACAAAAUUUCAUUAAUUUUCUUUCUUUUUCCCCCAUAAGGAAAUAUCAAAAUAUCACAUUGGUAACAUUUUUCAAAUAAAGAACAAGAAAACACAUCAUAAUUAUCCAAAACCAGCUAUACUUUAAUCAUACCUGCUCUUCCUUUAACCAGAUUUUAUAUUCACUUUCUUAAUAUCUAAUUUGCAUUAUUUGACUUACAUAAUUUACAUGAUACAGAUUAAAUCAUUCCAUAUUUUCCCUUCAUUUCCUUCCCAACGUAGGGAACCUCAUUCUAUAUUUCCUCUGUUUAUAUUUGGGUCAAUGAAUUUUAUAAAAGGUCUCUAGUUAUCCCCUCCUCUUUUUUACUGUUACAAAUAUGUUCACUUUGUCAUUAUAUCUAUUUUCCCAUGGUUUUAUCAACUAAUAUUUAAUGCUGCUUCUCAUUGUGUGGCUAUUAGUUUACCAGCUGUUGCUAAGAGUCCAGUUUAAUUCUGGGUACUGCUGCAAAACAUUUUCCUUCAAAUAUCCAAGCUGCAUAAAUAUUAGCUGAAUAUUUCAUUGAGUACAGUCCUAUGUUCUUUUCCUUUUUUGCCUUUUCUUAUAAAUAUAGCUGACUUUUCUUUAAUUAAUUACUGUGUUAAUCAAUGCAUUUUUAAAAUAAUGAGCAGCAGCCUGAAUAGCUUUAUGUAAAUGAAAUUGUCUGUCACAACUUUAACUCAAUAUGGAUAUAUAAAAAUAAAAACACAUUUUUAAUGGUGCUCAGAUGCGUGAAAAUUAUGCUGUAACCAUGAGAUCAGCUUUAUACUCACCAGCCAUAACCCAACAUAGAAUUAAGCGUUCUGAAUGCCACUGAAAUCAACAGGCUUAAAUGUGUACAAGUUUCUGUUGGAUUAUGGUCAAUAAAUAUACUCACAAUUUUUUAAGCCAGAGGAAUUUAGUCUUCAAGUUUAUUCCUGGGAUCACUGCUCUGUACCUACCUAAUUUGUGUUUUCCUGUAAUCCUGACUCUAAACUGAAUCCAGACGUUCAAUUUAAGGUGACAGCAAAGCAGAGAAGCUUUUUUACCCCGUUAGCCUGAAAGAAUAAUAAUGCUUAUAGAAGUAUGAAUUUAACUUUGGGAAUGAGGUUUGUCCUCGUUUCUCCUCUUUCCUAGGCUUCAGUGGAUAACGCAUCUCACACAAUCUCUUGCUGUGAUAAGAAAGAAAUAGAGGGGACUGCAAGUUGCAAAACCAUUUUUCAAACCCCAAUUCCCAAGGCACACAUUAAUCCAUUAUAACCAAUAUCUCUUCUCCUCAACUAUGGCCUCAUCCAGACUUCCUUUGGUGCUGCAUUUUGAGGCACAGUUCCAUGCUUUAAAGUUUCAUGUCCAAGCAUUGUUGUUGUUUUGUCCCGGUGCUUUUCCCGGGAAAAACCCACCCUUCGCUAUCUUCUCCCCCCAAUAAGGCAUGCGACAUAAUUUAUGGAUGGUUCCCUCUUCAUCUCAUUCCAUGUUGGAGUUGAAUUUCUGCAGAUGAAAUGUCACAUUUUAGUCAGAGGCGUAGCAAGGUGAGGUGGUACCCAGUGCAAAAAAAUGUUUAACACACACCCCCACACCCCCACAUUGCAAUCCCCCCCCCCAAUUUUUUAAAUUGAUUUUCCAAAUUUAUAAUGAAUAUAACACUCCAAGAAAAAAAACACAUUGCGUGGACAGGCGGAGUCCCCAGAUCCCGAGCGCCCCCCCCCCGUCAUGUGGAAUAACGACUCAAGACAACGUGCUAUGAGAUUAAAUUGGCCACAACUUUAUUAAAUUUCAAAUGUGGGUAGACCUUGGCUCAGGCAUUGGGCGUUCUCCCUCCCCAGUCCCCAGCCAGGGACCUAGGGAGCAUCAGGCUUAUCCAGUGUGUGUGGGGGGGGGAUGGGCCGGCUCUGGAGAACAUAUGUUCAAGCAGAGAUAGCCGCCCCCAUUACGCCGCCACCGCAGGGGAGAGCAAUGACGACCUUUCGGCGUACAGUCAAAGCCUCCCUUCAGAAACCCCUUUAACGGGGAACCCUGGUAUCGCCGCCGCAAAGAGGAAGAUGGACUAAAGGAUUCCGCCCAAGGCCUGAUACCGCCAAAGUUGUGACGUUUUGCUACGGGAAAGGCGAAACCUGCCAAUGCAGGGAAAUUCCUUUCCGUCCCUUUGACAGCGACCUUAACAUAGCAGCGCCCGCAUACCUGUGAAGGAAACGUUAACCUGCAAAACCUGUGAAGAAAAGUUAACCUGCAAAAUAAGGCAUUAACUGAGGGUGGGUAGGGUGGGAGAAGCUCUGGAGCCAAGUGAGGAUUCCCAGGUAAGAUCCUCCCUCUAUUGUGUGGGCAGGUAAUCCCUCCCCUACCUGGCCUGAUCUCCUUGGCAACGCUUCCCCCAGGUGGGAUUGCACAACUGACUGAGGAAGGCGGAGACCUCCAGGUAUCCCACCUGAGGGAAGGCAAAGCCAAGCCUAUGCUGAUGGGGCCGCUCCAGAUCUAGGGCUGCGCGCGUCCACGCAAAGGGCACCCCCCGUUUUAUGCAGGGAGCGGUCAUUACAAUCCUAAAAAGAAGAGAAAAAAGAAAAGAAAAAACAAACAUGUAGACACAUAUUACUUCUAAGACCUAAUUUAAUUUUCAUUGUUAACUGACUUCCACAAAUACCCCCUUACUGAGUUUCAUUGAAUCACCUUGUAACAGCUCUCCAAUAUCUUCUUUCUAAUCAAAUUAACUCCUUUGAUUUACAAUCUUCUUCUCUUUUCAUAAUUAUCUAAAUCCAUAGUAUUUUACACUUCAUUCUUACUCUAAUCCUAGGCCUGUUUGAUACUUUCAAGUGACUUCUACUUAUCUUAUGUUUGGCUAAAUAGUCUUUGAAUUUCUUCCAAUCUUCUUGAUAUUCCUCUUCUUUCUGAUCGCGGAUUCUUCCAGUCAGGUCGGCUAGCUCCAAAAAGUCUAACAUCUUCAUCUGCCAUUCUUCUACUGUUGGACCCCACAUUGCAAUUUUGGGGAAUGUUGCCCAGAGUUGUUGAGCUUUUUAGGGAGGGUACCCAAAGUUGUUAAGGUUUUAUUAGGAAGGGUUGGCCAUGAAACAGAUACGCCCGCAGUUUGCGCAAAUCCAACCGACGAUCACAUACAUAAUGGCCAUGGUGCCCACCUAAAAGGUGCGAAAACUGAGUUCCGACUGAUAAAAAGCCCUGCCCAUAACCAUGCACACUUGCCCCAGAGCAGACAUGUACAGCGUUGCACUGUAAAUUGAUAGUGCUACCCACAGAUUUCUCACCAAUGGGAGAAGUGGGUAUAAAAUUAAUACAAUUAAUGGUGAAAACUUUCUUGUGGCAAGUUGCACAGUCUCCUUUAGUUGCCGUAUAUCAGACAAGGCAGUAGUUUGCACGAUCGGCGGUUGGAUUUUCACUAUCGGCGGGUGGUGCUGGCCUGCCGGGGGUGCAAGCACUGCCUGCCAGGGGGUGCCGGCGCCACCGGCCGAUCGCGAAAAUCUGACCGCCGAUCACAUAAAACCAACCUCUGGGGAUACCAGCGCCGCCUGCUGGGGGGGGUUUGCCAGGCUGAUCGUUGGGCGUAUUGUGCGAUCAGUGGGCGGAUUUUCACGACGACGAUCACUCCAAUCGUGAAAAUCCAUCUGCCGGGAGUGCAAGUGCCGCCACGCCAAUCCACCCAGAGGAUUUUGUCAACCCCAGGCAUGACACCCGGGGCAGAGGGCACCCCCCACACCCCCCUUGCGACGCCUCUGAUUUUAGUAGCUUGGAGCACUUUCCAACAUCAUUAAGCGAUCGUUAAAACGCUAGUGUGAAUGUACUUUCUAUAUUGUCAGGUCAGGGUCCUGCGAGUUUAAGAUGUGAUGUGGCUGCUAUUUGGAUCAUUUGGAAUACGCUUAGGUUCUUGGAUCAUAUGUCUGUGGGGAGGGUCAUGUAAACAUGGCUUGGGACAUCUGCCCCUCACUUCCCUCUCCCGUUAUGCAAAGAAAGCCUGUGUGAAGGAUCAUGUGAACACCGCUCGGGUCAUUUGAAAUGUGAUGUGGACGCUUCUCGGAUCAUGCUGCUUGCAACGUGAUGUAAACAUUGCUCGAAUCAUCUGCCCCGAUUGGCACAAUGUCACUAUUCUUAACUGUGUGGUUCUUGGCAAAGACUCCCCAGAAGGGGCAUCAACACAAACACAUUUCAUCCAAAUUUGCCAACAAAUGAAAAGUGAUAUGCCUUUGUUGGUUCAUUCCAGUCAAUGGGAAAGACAUCUAAGGCUUCGGGAAAUGGCCGCUGUCCACAGAUCUGGGGUGAAGCACAGUGUCUGUCCAAGCCUCUGAGCGAAGGUAGCACACCCCUAGUGUUAAUAAGAGGACAGAAGUGGCCUUCUGAUUCAAGGGAGAAAUGUAAGCUGUGCCUUUGAUCUUUCCUUCCCAUAGGGGACCAUGGCUAAGAAAGUUGCCAUUAUCGGUGCUGGAGUGAGCGGGCUGACAUCCAUCAAAGGCUGCCUGGAGGAAGGCCUUGAGCCCACUUGCUUUGAACAAAGCAGUGACAUCGGAGGACUAUGGAGAUUCACAGUAAGUCAGGAGACUUGUCGCUUGAAAGGUUAGAACAUUGAAUGAAUGUAUCUUGGGAAGCUUCCACUACAACCCACAGAGGGACACGCCCCGAUUCUGAUAGGUGUGUUCUGUGGCUAAGCUCCUUUCGACCUCAGCUGCCACUAAUAUGUAGGAAGGCACUUAGUUCUAAAAGUCUUCAUCAACUGAUAGUUGUCCUCACCUUCGCCAGCACUCAAGUUUCUGGCUGAAUUGCAUUGCUCCAGAAAGGAAGUGGCUGAAAUUGUGUGCAUAGGUGCUGGGACAUUGCAUGGCAGACUAUACUGCCAGACUCAUCCUCAUCCAGUGUUAGUCACUAAGAGCCAAACCAGGUGUGAAAUAUAUUUUCAGUAAUGCAAAUAGUUUCAUGCCAUUCGUGUCUUCCACAUGGGUGUAGCCAGGAUUUUUGUUAGGGGAGGGGGCAGCCAAAUUUGUCGAACUUUCUUUUCAGGAAAUCAAAGCUGUCGAGCAAUGUUUGCGAGAGGAGAACUUUGUGCAGUGGAUUAUGCCCCAGCAGGCAGAUCUGCCCAUAUGGCACACAUAAUCUGCCGCCUGAGGUAGAAAUUUCAUGUUGCCUUAUGACAGAGCUGCUUUUCAUCCUGAACUGUGCCAAAAUAAAAUUGGCUUGUCCCUCAGCAGUCACAAACCAAACAAUGUGCUGAUGGUUUAAUAAAUGCCCUCCACUUUUGCUGAACAUAACUGGGUGGAUUGUUUCACCCUCGCUCCUAGAACUGGAAGAUCUGUGACCAAUUGAUUGUAGUCAUGUGGAUUAUUUACCCUCUACUGUGCUUUUUGGAAUAAUGGCAUCCUAGGAACACUGGGAGCGCCCCAUUCCAUUUCUUUAUAGUAUGUAAACAGCUUUCAUCCGAGGAUGAACUGGAUUUCCUUUUGGAUGAAUUUUUGUUGUUAUUAUUUUUCAUUACAUAUAUCAAAAACUUGUUCAAAAUGGCUUCUCUUGGAAUAUUUUUUAUCCUGCUGCAGAUGUCAGAUGACUCAUGGGUGCACUGGAUUACAUAGACAGGGAGAUGAAUGUUUUGCUUGGGACACCUUGCUGGGGAUGCAUUAUAUCUCUAUGGAGAUUUUGAGGCCAAUUGGGUUAUUAGUCAUAGCACUUUACUGGAGCCUCCAUGUUCAGAGAUAGCGAACCAUCUGGCAACAGUUGAUUGAGAAGCAAAGAAUGGUGAAGGGCUUUUGGCUUCAUGCUAUGUGUGUGGGAUUCCGGGAGACAGCUGAUCAAGCAGGGAUCUUCUUAUUGCUCCCUAGGAAAAGGUGGAGGAAAACAGGGCUAGCAUCUACAACUCUGUCGUCACCAAUUCCUCCAAAGAGAUGUCCUGCUUCAGUGACUUUCCAAUGCCUGACCACUUUCCAAACUUCCUGCACAACUCCAAGUUCCUGGAAUAUUUGCGACUGUAUGCAAAGCACUUUGGUCUGCUCAAGUAUAUAAGGUUCAAGGUAUGUUGAUUUAAUUCACUCAAUACUAUCUCCUGUUUCUUUCUGGGAACUAAAUUUGUAAUAAUGUUAAAACAAGAGAAUCUAUUAGCUUUAGUGAUGUUGCUUGGACAAUUCUUUUUCAAAAUGUUUGAUAUCUGUAGAAUGUCCACCACACAUGGAGUGAGUCUGCUUUUUUUCAUACAGCACCAACACUUACUAGCAGUUGCAACCACAUAGUCCAAAUCCCUGCAAUGUAGUAAUCUUAACUAAAGCACCCAUGAUAGAUGGCCAUCCAACCUCUGCUUAAAAACAUCCAAGGAAGGAGAGUCCACCACCUUCAUUUGAAGAUGGCUAUCAUAUCUCCUCUCCAUCUCCUCUUAUCCAGGCUAAACAUACUCAAUUCCCUCAACUGUUCUUCAGAAGUAGUUCCUUGGUUUCCAGACCUUUGAUCAUCUUGGUCAUCCUCUUCCAGCUUGUCAAUAUCCUUCAAAAACCCUUUAAAAAAUCCCCUUCAGAACUUCCUGCUGUUCAAUGAAGUGGGGAGCGAGGAACGUGGUGUCAGAGAAAACUGGUUGCAAAGUAAUAGUGUCGUUUUUCUGGCUUCAUGGUAGACCACCGUCAUCAGUUUAGAAAAAAGCCAAGAUUACUCUACCACUGGCCAAUGGACCAUGGUCACAGAGACAGAUGGAAAGCAGGAGUCAUUCAUCUUCGAUGCUGUCAUGAUCUGCACUGGCCACCAGAUAGAAGCAUACACCCCAGUGGAGUUUUUUCCUGGUAAGGUUUCUUCAGCCUAACAGAGAGUUGAAAACCCUGAACAUAUUUCAGUUGACAACACAGCGUCUGGUUGGGUUUGUGAGGUUCAGUGACCAGCCAUGAGGUCAUGCUGGACCAACUAGAAGAGACAAGUGAGGCAAGCAUCCAGGGUGCCAGAAUUCAAGAGAAUCUUCUCACCUUAGCUAUGAGCUUGCAAGGAGAGAGCCGCUGCUUGAACUUUUGGAGGGGGGGGGCAGCUUAACAGAGGCAGCUUAGCAGAUCAGCACCAUUUCAGGGGGGAUGAUAAGAUCAAGAAUGUUCUAAUCUCCAUAAUUUGCCUCAGGCACAGACAGCUAUACGUGGAAGGAGGGGGAGAAAUGAAGGGACAAAAAUGACAAAUACAAACAAAAAAAUGGUUUCGCAGCCAACUCUUAUUGAAUGUGCUAUAGUUAUUCUCUGCAGGGGGAAGGGCUGGGAAUGAGCAAAAGAAAAUUUUAGGUCAGCCCUGGGUAGGGAUUAAGGUCCUUCAUAUGCCUGUGCAGAUAAAUAUCCUCAUUCCCUUGCCCUUAAAGGUAAAGGUAAAGGUAAAGGGACCCCUGACCAUUAGGUCCAGUUGUGGACAACUCUGGGGUUGCAGCGCUCAUCUCGCUUUACUGGCCGAGGGAAGCCGACGUUUGUCCGCAGACAGCUUUUCCGGGUCAUGUGGCUAGCAUGACUAAGCCACUUCUGGCGAAACCAGAGCAGCGCACAGAAACACUGUUUACCUUCCUGCUGCAGCGGUAUCUAUUUAUCUACUUGCACUUUGACGUGCUUUCGAACGGCUAGGUUGGCAGGAGCAGGGACCGAGCAACGGGAGCUCACCCCGUUGCGGGGAUUUGAACCGCCAACCUUCUGAUUGGCAAGCCCUAAGCUCAGUGGUUUAGACCACAGCACCACCUGCGUCCCUUGCCCUUACAUCCCCCACAAUUCCACAUGAGAAAUCUUUUCCUAUCUCAUUCCCUCAAAUAGAUGAUUUUGACAUGUCUCUUCAUCCCCAGUUGUGCUAUGUGGUGAAAACAAAUCAAGCAUUGUUGCCUAAUUUGUUCAACUUUUGCAUAUUUUUUCCCAAAUUCUGGAUUUCCCCCCACCCAUUAUCAGAGUUCCAAAUGUAUUUAUCUUAGCCAACUCACACUUGGAAUUCCUAGGGGAAGGGGGAGAUACAUCGGAUAGAAGAUUUGGCAAAAAAUGAUGGCUCAGAGGGAGACAUGAUCAAGCUCACCCUUCUGAUGCCAUAAAACAAACAAACCCUCUACUGCUUUGCUUAGAAGAAGCCAUAGUUAACAUGUUUUUGUCCUUAGCAUGCUCUUUGGAUGUAAAAUAAAAAUAGGAAUUAAAAAACAACAACCAUAGCUCCACUAGAUCACUGACUCUACAAAUAUAUACUGAUUUAAAGUCAUUGACUUUCACAUUCUAAAAGGCUACUUUCUUGUUCUGCAUACUGCACCAAUGUUUAAUCACAAAACGGGGUUAGUCACUUGGCUAAAGCUAUAUUGUUUUUACCAGUUUUUUCCUCUCGUGAGAAGAUAUAUUUGAGGGAAUAGCAUUCUUCCACUACAGAUGAGCCAAGCAAAGUUUGUCUUGUACCUGAAUGCUGUGAUAUCCUGAUCUGGAAUCUAUCCAAAAACAACUUUUUGCAACUAUUAAGUUAUUCUGCAAGUGCUGUAGCAACUCUUUGCUUCAUGGCAGGUUUUGAAAAGUUCCGGGGAAACUAUUUCCACAGCCGAAAUUACAAAAACCCUGAUGGGUUCAAUGGGAAGACUGUUGUGAUCAUUGGGAUGGGGAAUUCGGCUGCUGACAUCGCUGUGGAGAUCUGCAGGAAGGCGAAGAAGGUAAAGAGGCUGUUUGGGGAGAGGGGUGAUGUGAAGAAUUGGAUAUCUUCUUGAUAGGCAUGGGUUACAAAACAAAAUAGAUGGAACCCAACCUAAGGUGGACUUACCCACGCGAUGGCUGGCAGCAGGACCCACUGACUGAAGGAAGGAGCAGAGAGAGAGGAGGAAGAAUGGGAAGAAGGUUUAUGGUAAGAAAGAGGAGGAUAGAUGUAAACAGAUAUUGUAACAGUAAAUGUUAUUUUAUAUAUACCCUGCCUGUCAGGAACUCAAGUCUGCUUGCUGAUAAAGUAAGAACAGGUAAGAGAUCAGCAGCGGAAAACAUUAAAAAGCAGCUGAACAUACAUAUACAAAAACAUAUAUAAAUAUGUCCUGGGCGCAAAAUUGUUAGGGGCACAAGAUUUCAACACCCCGUGCUACUUCAAUACAGCUGUGCUCUUCUAUCACAGGGCUCUGUUGAACACGGCUUCUUCCUGUGAACCAGGAAGUGACCUCUCCAGGCAACGAAACAACUCUUCUUGUCUUAUCUCUGUGGCUGCAAUCUCCUGGGUGAUGCAGACUCUGUUAGGCAGUUGAAUUUGCAUGCAUACUGAAAUAUACUCAGAGUCGCAAAGUGAUUUCAUGCUCUUUAUUCAGCUCAUAGUGGUGAGGGGGAAUGAAUAAAUGUCCCCUCACAGUAUCUGCUUUAUAUACAUUAUUUACACAGUGGGCUGCACAUGAUUGGCUAAUUCCGGAAUUCUACUGUAAGCCAAUCAGGUUGUGGAUUCACUUCUAUCUGGAGCAGGAUUGGGUGGUUCCUGCCAACCAAUCAUACUGCUGCAUUGUUCUAGGACCAAUCAGACUGUUGCAUUCUGAAUCCUAUUGUUCUAGGACCAAUCAGACUGCUGCAUUCUGAAUCCUAUUGUUCUAGGACCAAUCAGACUGCUGCAGUUUGGAUCCUAUUCAACUCAGUACAUAACACAUACUAAGUCCGUUUCCCUCUCUCCCCCUCCCCCUCUGUGUGGCCCGGGACCCUUGCAACCCACGCUACGCCACUGGAUUUGUGAAGGAGAGAGGAAGCUUUGAGAGAGUUUUGGGGGCUCAUCGGCUUCUCUUGCUGCCCCACAGGUUUUCCUCAGCACAAGGGGAGGCACCUGGGUGAUGAGCCGAGUGUAUGACAAUGGCUAUCCUUGGGACACCAUCUUUCACACUCGCUUCAACGACUUGAUCCGAAAUUCUGUCCCUUGGUUCCUUUUGAAAUGGAUGACGGAACGGAAAAUGAACCAGUGGUUUAGCCAUGAGAACUAUGGCUUGGUGCCUCGAAACAGGUACAUAGUUCAGGCCUAGGCAAACUCGGCCCUCCAGAUGUUUUGGGACUACAACUCCCAUCAUCCCUAGCUAACAGAAACAGUGGUUAGGGAUGAUGGGAAUUGUAGUCUCAAAGCAUCUGGAGGGCCGAGUUUGCCUAGGCUUGAUAUAGCUGGUCAUUUUGCUUCAAAGGGGGGUUGAUCUGACCUGGGUUUGUUGCCAGGGUUAUUGCAAGACACAACAAGAGGCGAAAAUCAGUUAGACACAAAUUCUGUCAGUCCUAUGCUUCCAUCCAUCUCCUUUUUGAAAAGGCAUGUGAUCCCUGUGUUUAGACCGGGAAAUCUGUGAGAAGAAUUUCGCACCAUCUGAGGAUGCUACUGCCUGUUGUGCCUCUGUAUGGACCGCUGAUGGAUUCAUUCAUUCAUAAUUCAUUCAGUCUCUGCAUGGAUCGCUGAUCUGGGCUUUCCACCGUCCAGCCGGCAGAGUCAACCUAAAAUAGAUUCACAAACAGAAAUACAGAAACUGGUCUCCUUUGAGGACAGGUGAUCCUUACUUCUUAUAAGCAUUCUUAUAAGAAGUACAUAUUUGGGGGUGUAAGUGUAACAGGUCCAGCCUGACUUCAAGUCAAGGAAAAAGUGUGCAACUUGACCAAAACUUUGGGAAAUGUAAGUACCGUAUUUUUCCAUGUAUAACACCCCCCCCCCCGUGUAUAAGACAUCCCCUAUUUUUCGGAAUCCAAUUUAAGAAAAUGGGGGAAGGAUUGCCCAGAGUUGUUGAGCUUUUUUGGGGGGGGGGGAAUUGACAAAGAUUGCUCAUCCGCAUGACCACACACAUUGCCCAUUCGCCACCAACAGCCUCCAAUCACCUGCCUAAUAGCAGCAGCGGCAGCCAAUCGAAAGCAGCCAUUGCCACAGCCACCACUCACACACCCAAUCACAUUGACAGUCUCCGGAUAGGCGCAGCAACUAAUCAACUGUCCCGCCAAUCAACUUUCUCUUUUUUAAAGACAAAAACCUCAUCGAAUACACAGAAAAGUACGGUAUGUGAAGCACUUUGACCCCUAUGAAGCACUGUAGAGGAGUUAUGUUCCAGGGAUUGCACCUAAAGCCAAAAUUGCCUAUACAAGCAAUCCUUGUUUUGCAUGUGGGUUCCAUUCCAGACGUAGGGAUGCGGGUGGCGCUGUGGUCUAAAACACAGAGCCUAGAGCUUGCCGAUCAGAAGGUCGGCGGUUCGAAUCCCCGCGACGGGGUGAGCUCCCGUUGCUUGGUCCCUGCUCCUGCCAGCCUAGCAGUUCGAAAGCACGUCAAAGUGCAAGUAGAUAAAUAGGUACCGCUCCGGCGGGAAGGUAAAAGGUUUCCGUGCGCUGCUCUGGUUCACCAGAAGCUGCUUAGUCAUGCUGGCCACAUGACCCGGAAGCUGUCUGCAGACAAACACCGGCUCCCUCAGCAAGUAAAGCGAGAUGAGCGCUGCAACCCCAGAGUCGGUCACAACUGGACCUAAUGGUCAGGGGUACAUUUACCUCCAUUCCAGUCACCCCCCACUUCACCCUUCGGUGGAGCGCAUAUAAGCCCAUUCAGCCCCAUUCCACCCCUGCCCCUUUUCAUGAUGUUUUAGGGACGCCUGCCCUCUUCCCACCCCUUUCCUAUUAAUUUUUACUAUCUUUUCUCCCCACGAGAAGCUGAAUGCACUCAAGUCAAAUGCACAAAGGUUGCUGGCUCACUGUAUUAUUGGUGGAGAAUAAGAACAGUGUUAUCCCUUCCAGUUUCUGGGCAUGUUUCUCCACUCUCAUUUUGCCUUCCAGAUCCCUGAUGAAAGAGCCAGUGUUCAAUGAUGACUUGCCUAGCCGUAUCCUCUGUGGUGCUGUGAUGGUGAAACCACUCAUCAAGGAGUUCACCGAGAGCUCCGUCAUUUUUGAAGAUGGAACUGUAGAGGAGAAUGUGGAUAUUGCCAUCUUUGCAACAGGCUACACGGUUGCAUUUCCUUUUCUGGACAAGUCAGUGAUCAAGGUGGAAGACAAUCGGGUCCCGUUGUAUAAACACGUCUUUCCUCUUCAUCUGGAGAAGCCAACGCUGGCUGUUAUUGGCCUCAUCCAGCCCCUUGGGCCUAUCAUGCCCACUGCAGAGCUGCAAGCUCGCUGGGCGACCAGAGUCUUUAAGGGUAAGAUUCUGGUUCUGAUUAUACAGCUCAGUCAGGGUGCAUAUUACAAAAGAACAGUUUUUUGCCUUGAGGAGGUUGCAAUCUAUCAUUUUACAAUAGAGUAAACAAAAUAAGAAGCAGAAGGGGGUGAAUGCGGAGGUAAAUGGGAAAUAAUAAACCAGGUAAACUGGAAAUAGCAAGCCCAGGGUGACAUGCUUAUUUUCAUUACACCUUUAGUGAAGCAUUGCUUUGCUUUGCCUUGCUACUCAUGUAGUUUGGCAAUUUUCAAAGUUAGGAUAUCAGAUUACAGUGGAAUUUUGGGUUGCGAACGUGAUCCGUGCGGGAGGCACGUUUGCAACCUGAAGCAUUUGCAACCUGCAGCGCCACAUCUGUGCACAUGUGUGACGCAAUUCGGCGGUUCUGCGCAUGCGCAAAGCACAAUUUAGUGUUUCUGCGCAUGCGUGAGCGCCAAAACCCGGAAGUAAGCCAUUCUGGUACUUCCAGGUUUCGGCGCGUCCGUAACCUGAAAACGCGUAACCCGAAGUUUCUGUAACCUGAGGUACCACUGUAAUUACACAUUUGACAUGUCCCCAAAUUUAAAAUUUGGAUAUUUUGAUAGUUCUUUGAUUAUAAAAUCCAGUUUUGCUGUUGAAACAUGAGUUGUAGGCACACACAGCGUCCCAUCAAAAUAUAGAGCCAAAGACACCAUAAAUCCUGAUCAAAACUUUAAAAAUCCAAUAUCCAAAAUCUGGGUAGCUUGAUCACGGAUUUGUAAUAAUAAUGGUUAUGACAACAGCAUUUAUAUAAAGCUGCCCAAGAACUGCACAUACAUUAUCUUGGCAAUUGCACCUACAGCUUUCUGAAAUGGGUCGAUGUUAUCACUGUACCACUACAAACCAGCAGCUGUAGAUGAGAGAUGAGUGGCUUGCUUAAGUGAGAUUUGAACUGAGAGCCAGUGUGGUGUAGUAGUUAAGAGGGGUAGUCUCAUAAUCUGGUGAACCGGAUUCACGUCUCCGCUCGUCCACAUGCAGCUGCUGGGUGACCCUGAGCUAGUCACACUUCUCUCUGAAGUCUCUCAGCCAUACUCACCUCACAGAGUGUUUGUUGUGGGGGAGGAAGGGAAAGGAGAUUGUUAGCCGCUUUGAGACUCCUUCGGGUAGUGAUAAAGCGGGAUAUCAAAUCCAAACUCUUCUUUUAAGAAAAAAAAUAAUGAGAUUUGAACUGGGAACUCCAUCUUCUCCCAGCCUUGGGAUGCCUACGUGGUUACUAGGGGAAGGGAGAAGGAAAUUGGGUGGGACAACAUGUGGUCUUUCUGUCUUUCAGUAUCAUGGGGUAGAUAGACUCCAAGGCCGUGAAGCAAGAAUUGGCUGGUGGGAAAAGUAGGGGCACUUGGCCAAUGGCACUUGCUGGGGAAGGAAUGGAACUCGUUUACUUCUUGACCUGUUAAAGGGGUCAUGGCCAAGUUGCAGACCUGCAACUGUUGGAAAGGCAGUUACGUCUUGAGGCCCCAAGCCAGCGCCCCCAUGAAAUAACUACACACAGACACAGAAUUAAGGUUGAUGGGUAGCAUUAAGGCCACGACUUUAUUGAUUGCAAAUUAAAUAUGAGUGGUAUUGGCAAAGGCAUUGGCUGAAGACUAUAACGGACUACUGCCCCAGUUGACAGAGUCUAUGUAGGUAAACCCAUCGGGGCAGCAACAUCGGGGUUUUGCCCGACAGAAGCUUAUCAGUGUGGUGUAGUGACUCGUAGACUCGUAAUCUGGUGAACCGGGUUCGAUUCCCCGCUCCUCCACAUGCAGCUGCUGGGUGACCUUGGGCGAGUCACACUUCUCUGAAGUCUCCCAGCCUCACUCACCUCACAGAGUGUUUGUUGUGGGGGAGGAAGGGAAAGGAGAAUGUUAGCGGCUUUGAGACUCCUUAGGGUAGUGAUAAAGCGGGAUAUCAAAUCCAAACUCUUCUACCGCGAGGUUCCUGUGAUCCCGGCAUGGCCCUAGCCCAUCAAGCGGACUUCGGAUGAGAUCCGGGACCCCCAGAUUCCUUUAACAGAAUACCUUUUGAUCAUUGAGGGGCCGGUGAUGGCCACACCUCCCCUCCACACAGAAAAUUAAGCCAAUGCCUGCUAAACCUGGAAAGUUGUGACGAUUGCUAAGGGGGUAGGCAAAAACCCAAGUGACCAGUGCCAAUUUGCCAGGUGGAUAAAAAUUCCUACCCAGCCCCUGUCCCAAGACAGGCGACUCACACAAAGUCCAAAGCAAGGCCAAGAACCUACACUAAGGGUGGGAGGGCGGGUGUUCAGCAGUGCCAAUCAAGUGCCUAGGGCCCUCUUGCACUGAUGCUUAUAUAAUUCCUUAACCACCCCCACCCCUUUCCUGACUGGCCUAUUUAGAGAAAUGAAACUGAAUCACAUGAAUCAAAUGCCUAUUUAGAGAAAUGAAACUUAGACCAAGAAACAAAACCUACUUAGUCAGGGGUGUGUCCAGGGGCCCAGUUGCAAGAAGGACCUCCUUCUGAGGACGGUCCUAUCUCUGAUGGCUUAGUCUCUUGGGGACACCUCCCCCCACUAUGAUUUUAUGAGGGUUGAGGGUUUUUUGGCUGUUUUUUUAGCCAGAUUGUUCCUUAUGGCAUCAUUCACUAAAACAGUGGGUCCACCUGUUGCACAUUAAAACCAAAGCACUUUUAUGUGCCUUGGAUCUCUUCUGGUUCGCUCUGGUGCAUUUUGAGUAAGCCAGAUGUUGUGGGUGUGGCAAAAGGGGUCAAACUAUGACUUCAGUUGGCUGUGUUGCUCUGUGCACCUUGCAUUGCUUGCCUCUUGGUUUUCUUACUUCUUCUUCCUUUUCCCUCCUGGCAGUGAUAAGUAUUUUGACUGGGAUCUUGUUGAGAUUGGGACUUGCCACUCUGUAAAAGACAACAUGCAUUGAUGGUGCUGCGUAACUCAUUAUAUUCGCUACACAGGUUAAGAAAAGCAUUCCAGUCUAUGGUCAAACCACAACAUACAUUUUAAAGCACAUGGCUCCCCCCCCCCCAAGAAUUGUGGGAACUAUAGUUCACCCCUCACACAGCUCCAGUUCCCAAGAUUCUUUGCAAAUGUAACUGCUUUGCAGUAUAUUAACUUUCCAUUAUCAGAAUUAAAGAAAUCAGUAACAAUAUUCUGGAGAACCACUUUAUUAAAGUGAGGAAAGCUACACAUCACUCUUAUUAAAGAUGUAAAGUGGUACCUCGGGUUACAUACGCUUCAGGUUACAGACUCCACUAACCCAGAAAUAGUACCUCGGGUUAAGAACUUUGCUUCAGGAUGAGAACAGAAAUCGUGGUCCCGCGGCACAGCAGCAGCAGGAGGCCCCAUUAGCUAAAGUGGUGCUUCAGUUUAAGAACAGUUUCAUGUUAAGAACGGACCUCUGGAAUGAAUUAAGUUCUUAACCCAAGGUACCACUACAUAUAAAAGCAAAAUAGGGUUGCACACCACCCCAGUCUCUGGGUGGUGCGAGAUUCCAGGGAUUCUAGGAACUUAGGCUCUGUGUUUCCUUCUGGGAAUGAGGCACAGUGGUGACAGUGGUGACUUUAGGAUAUAUGGGUUAUUUAGGAUAUAUGCAUUUGCACCCUGAGAUCUUGCAAUCAAGGGUGGUAUAUAAAUCAAUCAAACAAACAAAUAACCUUAACCUAUGAUGGAGAGGUUGAUAGCAUUGACACCCUAAAGGGUCUUUCUUUUCCCAUAGCUGCAGCAGACUUCUGCCUCUCUGGCUUUUCAGCCUUCCGCUUUCCUAUCCAGCUUCUAGCUCACAAAACCCAACUCUUUCAACCCUAAACUCUGGCUUUUGCCCUUCUCACUAUCGUAAGAGUUGAAGGAGGGUUGCCACCCAUUUGCUUUCCGGCACACAGCCCCCUCUCCUUGCUUUCUUAAUGGCUCAUCACUCCAGGCAAUGACCUCAUCAGAAAGCUAGCCUGGCUUAUAUUUCAAGACUUGUUGGGUCCAGGUGUUAGAAAGGUCUGGCACCCACAAACUCAUAAACAAUAGAUUGGGGUGGAGGGUGAUGGGAUGAGAAGCUAUGAAAAGAAGUGGGGCAAAAGAGCUGGUCUCCUCUGCUUCCCCCCAAGAAUAUAUAUUGUAGACAUGACCUCAGCCCCAACUCUUAAUCUUUUUAGGGCUAAGUUUGCUGCCUUCAGAGAGCACUAUGGUGGCUGACACCACCAAGAGGAAUGAGAAGAGGAUCAAAUGGUAAGAGAAACAUCCAAUGCUUUAUGGUUAAUAUCAGCUCCAGAUCAGAUAAUGAUGAUGAUUAUUUAUUUAUACCCCGCCCAUCUGGCUGGGUUUCCCCAGCCACUCUGAGUAGCUCCCAACAGAAUAUUAAAAACAUGAUAAAACAUCCAACACUAAAAGCUUCCCUAAACAGGGCUGCCUUCAAAUGUCUUCUAAGAUUCAGAUAGUUGUUUAUUUCCUUGACAUCUGCUGGGAGGGCGUUCCACAGGGCGGGCGCCACUACCGAGAAGGCCCUCUGUCUGGUUUCCUGUAGCUUCACUUCUCGCGGGGAGGGAACCGCCAAAAGGCCCUUGGAAGUGGACCUCAGUGACUGGGCUGAACGAUGGGGGUGGAAAAAGAAUAUAAUAGAAGGUUGGACAACAUAGAAAUUUAUUAAAACAGGAGGGAGGAGAGUAUCAAUUGAAAGAAUUUAAGGAAUUAUCAGGGAAAUUAACAACAUGGAUACAAUAUCAGCAUUUGAACGUAUUUAAGAAAGAUAGGCUACGAGGGCUUGGGGAACAAAUAUGGAUAGCUUCCACCCGCCAGAUUCAAGAUGAGUGCCCCCGCCUCUGCUUUUCUGCUACUAGACUUGUUCCUGCCUAAGUUAUGCGCUCAAGAUAAAAUCAUGUUAUGCCUUCUCCACCUUAGAUAUUGGUGUGAUUGAUGUCUUUCUUCACAUUCAAAGGUUUGGCACCAGCCGCAGCCAGUCAAUCCAAACGGAUUUUAUUGAGUAUCUGGACGAGCUUGCUGCUCUCACAGGAGCAAAGCCAAACCUGUUCAGGCUCCUGCUGAGAGAUCCCAAGCUGGCCUUGACCAUCUUCUUUGGACCCUGCAGCCCAUUCCAGUUCCGCCUGAUGGGACCAGGGAAGUGGGCUGGAGCCAGGAACGCCAUCCUGACCCAGACACAGCGGAUCAUCAAGCCCACAAAAACUCGAACAGUGGGCAAUUCUUCGAGUAACGCUCUGCUCUCCCUGCUUAAAAUCCUUGGCUUCCUUGCUCUCUUGGUUGCAGUUUUCCUAUCCAUUGGUCAGUGCUGAACUCUACCCAAUGAUGCAAAAAUGGCAAACUGCUGCUUUACUGAUGCUUGCUUGUUCUUCAAUGCAUGUAUAGGGGUCACACAGGGCCAACUUUCCACUCUCAAACUUGUGUCCCUCUUAGGAUCUCCUCUUUCCUACAAACUUAGCAAAUAGAAAGAAGGAAACGUCUAGGAAAUAAUGAAAUAGGAACAUACAGGCAAAGUAUGGAAGGGCAAAUCUGUCAGUUUCGGUUUCUCUUGAUUUCUCAUGCUUUCCUAUCAAGUUUACUUUGCACGUUUCCUGAUCAAUUUGCUUAAAAAGAAAAAGUGUCUCAUGAAAAUUCAUCAAUGUUUUUGUGAUCAUUCCUCCUAAUACAUUUUUGCUAGGAAUUUUCCCUAAUACAGUUCAUUUUGAUAUGCUAUUUUCACAAAUAUAUGCAUUUUAAUGUGCUCCUUCUCCCAAUGGUGUUGUUUUCCAACAACAACAGCAAAGUGAACAAGGAGGUGUAUAUUAGGAGAAGUGUGAAUUUUGAAGGAUAGCUGUUUCAGGACCCACAAAUUAGGUAGGAUUGCCUGAAAAUGUGAAUUGAAUGGGCUUCCCUCCCAGUUCUAAUGUGAAGUCAGAAACACACAGACACACACACACACACCAGGGAGAAUGGGCUGGUAAACCAAUUGGCAAGGCCAGCAAGGUCUUGUGCCUUCUGGGUGCAACUUAGAAUUGUAGCUUUUAUUUUUUAGAAAAGUAUGUUUCUGGUCCUUUGAAGGGACAUUUGAACUUUGCGGUCUAUGUAAGUCUUGAGAGAGUCAGCGAGGGUGAAUCUCUUUUGUGCUGCUUCCCCCAUUGCCUGAGCUACAGUUACCCAUUGCACCUGUGCCACUAAAACCCUCUGCAUGCCUGACAAAUACCUAAAAUGCAAGAGUUUACAAAUAAAUCGUGCGCAAAGAAACAAAACUGUAUGUGUUUUUAAUCACUCAUUUAACACUGCAAUUCAGACCAGUGCAUCAUUCUGUUCUAUAGGAGCUGAGCCCCUGGUUCCUUCAAGUUUAUUUCAUGCUGAGCAUCAAAGGCUAUGCUUUGUUACUCUUGCUAUGAAGACAGGGCUCCCAGUACAUUUCCGAGCACAAUUCAAAGUGUUGGUGCUGACCUUUAAAGCCCUAAAUGGCCUCGGCUCAGUAUAACUGAAGGAGUGUCUCCACCCCCAUCGUUCAGCCCAGACACUGAGGUCCAGUGCUGAGGGCCUUCUGGCGGUUCCCUCACUGCGAGAAGCCAAAUUACAGGGAACCAGGCAGAGGGCCUUCUCGGUAGUGGCACCCGCCCUGUGGAUCGCCCUUCCACCAGAUGUCAAGAGAAAAACAACUACCUGACUUUUAGAAGACAUCUGAAGGCAGCCCUGUUUAGGGAAGCUUUUAAUAUUUAAUAGACUAUUGUAUUUUAAUAUUUUGUUGGAAGCCGCCCAGAGUGGCUGGGGAAACCCAGCCAGAUGGGCAGGGUAUAAGUAAUAAAUUAUUAUUAUAUUAUUAUAGGGCUUGAUAGAUGGGUUUUAUUUAUUUGAUGUGUUAUAUCACAUUUUAAAAGGUAAAGGGUAAAGGGACCCCUGACCAUUAGGUCCAGUCGCGGACGAUUCUGGGGUUGCGGCGCUCAUCUCGCUUUAUUGUUACUGCAAAGCAAGGUAACAAACAGUAUAAUUGAUUUGAUAUCCCAGUCUUCAAGGGCAAGACCAGAAUGAAUUAUCCAUGUUUCUUUAUCCUUUUAUAAUAGGUAUGUGAGGGAGGAAGAAAAAAAGGGGGGGCUUAAACAGUCUCUUUCAUCUCUUCAAGUCCUCCCCCCCUCCAUUUUCCCUUCAGCCAUCCUCUGAAAAGAGAUGUGGGGCUCAAAUUUCAUUUCAUGCAUUCAAAUGCAGGUCUGGGUAGAAGUUUCUAGAGGACAAUUGCCAUUCUCUGAUAGAAGUAAACUCCCAUCAAUACACUGACAUUAGCAUUACAAGUUGGACAUGGGUUGUUGGGAGUCCUCUGCUGUCAACGUAAAGCUUAGUUCCCACCCUUAGAUUGAUAUACUUUUGUCUUCCUUAGCUUACUAGAAUAAUGCAAAUGUAAAUACUUCCAUCAGUGACUGAUAAGUACUUUAGAAUCACUUUCGGGUGUGUGGUGGGGGUGGGACAGAACAGUGUAAAUAGUCCAGUUUUUGUACAUACUUUGGUACUAUAUUACGCCUGGGCUUAGUACAAAGGUCAAAGUGUGUGGGUUUUCUUCCACUUACAAUUCUCCAUUUUUGCCCAUCUGUAACAUUGCCAAACACCUCCUUUCAAAGCUAAAACCUGAUAUUCUCCUCCCCACCCAGCCGGGAAACAAAUUCUUGGCAGCUAAAGGAGCCUAGUUUGGGGCACUUGUGAAUAAAAGAAUGAGGGGACAGGCAGCCAAUUCUUAGUUUUGCACCUGAGGAACUAAACAUUCACAUUCCAGAGAUGUUGCUGUGUUAAAACUGUUCAAGCAAAACUAACAAAAGGUACCGCUGGCACCUUAAAGACAAACAUCUGAAAAUAUCUCAUCAGGCAUUCUUAAAGCAACAAUAUCCACCCAAUGAAGUGAAAAAGAAACUUAUCAGUGAGGCAAAACAGGUACUCAGGAAGAAUCACCUAGAACCAGAAGUGCCAUAACUGUAUCUCCAUGUUUCACCAUCUCCUUUUGCCUAUAUUUAGACCAUCUGCCUCCUCUCACACAUAACCAACCCCAUCUUUAAAGGUAGAAAGUAACUGGUAUGAAUCAGGGCUGGAUUUAAGUCUGAUGAGGCCCUAAGCUACUGAAAGUAAUGGGGCCCUUUAUAUGUUCAGCUGUCCUUUGUCAACAACAAAUUAUUACACACUUUUGUGCAUCUUCCAUCCCAACGUGCUUUAUUCUCUCAGAAUUGCGAGUUCUGGUCUGAUUUAUUUGUCUUAGUAUGUGUAUGCUCAAUUGCACCCACCUGGAGGACAGCAGAGGACUUCAAGAUGACAAUGUGCACUGGCCUGUUUGUCUUGUGCUAAAACAGAUUAGUAAAUCACCUUUAACAGAACAGUAAUGAAAGAAAAUAAGUGCAGGGCUUCUGUCCAAUUGCAGUAUUUUAAAAACAACACAUGUGGAACACCAACAGUGACAUAUCAUGAAAUGUGACAUAGACUAUGCCUGCUUCACAGCAGGCACUUGUGAUGUGAAGCAGGGGAGCAAGUCUGAAUGUCCCCAUGAAGAUUAACUCAGGGAAAUGAUACUACAUGCAUGGGGAGCACCAAGAAGAUCAAUGUACACUCAUGUCCAUCUCCAGCAUGAAAACUGCAGCUUUUCUUUUGAAUUAAAUUGCAUAGACCAGAAGGUACUGGGGGAGGACAUAUGGUUAAUUUUAGAAUACACACACAUGUACAACCCAACUAAGUCAUAUGGUGUUAAAUUAUUUCCUGGUGGAUCAGAUUGGCUCUGUUAACUACAGGAAACACUAUAACAAUGUUAGAAAGUGUGACAUUGGAUUACUAAGACUAAGUACAAUGACACAAAGAGAGUGACUGUGUGUGUUUUUAAAUACCCAAAAGGCAUUUGACAGGGCUUGAUGGUCUUUUCUGCUGGAUGUAUUCAAAUAUAUGAUGUUGGGACUAAAUUGAUUCAAUGAAUUUUUCUCAUUUGCAACAUUCUAAAAGCAAAGAUUCUAAUAAAUAGUAGUCAGAAAUCGCCAUACCUUUAGAAAACAAACACAACUGUAUAUAACGAAAAGUAAGAUUAUAUGUAUUGGGAAAAUUUUGGAAAACUACACACAGAGUGAGUAAUAUGGAAAUAAAAGAAAAUGGGAAUAUGAGGGAAGUCCAGGGGAGGAGUGGGGGAAAUAUGGACAACUGUUAGAGAAAUAUUGUUAGAGGAUGUAUACAUGGAAAAACCAAUAUUAUUUUUUAAAAAAGAAAAGAAAGAAAGAGAAACAUAACUCCAAAAUUAAUUGGGAUUGCACAGCUGGUUACAUGGUGCUUCGAUCUUUAUUUCUGGAAGGCUGGGAUUCCUAUGGUUAUAAAUGCAAGCUGGACUGGAGAAAAAUUGGAUCGGGUUUCUCUGUGAACAGUAAUAGGCCAAAUUCAAAAUGAUGCUGGAAGUGCUUAUAUGCAUCUCUAUCAUCUUCAAUUAUUUUUUCCUCUUUAAAUAGAAGCGUUCAGGACUAUAGCCUGGGGAGAGGGAGGUGACCAGCAAACUUGUACCAUUUCAGCACUGAAAAUCUUGCCUCAGCUGCUACUUGCCACAGCUGUGGGGGAAACAUGUCAACACCUCCAUCUCCAUCGCAGGUUUUGUUUGGCUGUCAGGGGUGAAUAUUUUCGCAGCGUGGAGGUAAGUACUAAUGUUUCUAACGUCUAUUCAUUAAGGUUCUGCACAAGAGGUUCUGCGCAAAAACCAUUUACAGAACUUGGCAGCUACUGGGAAUCAAAUAACUUGCAGGACUAGUUUGGAGAUCACCCCUCCCAGCUAGACAAGUUGUUAUUUAGAUUUUAAGAUGUCACAACAAUAUGUUUUGCAACAGCAGCCUGCCCCUCUGGUUCUAAGCUCUGGUUAAAGUGGUAUUUGGUGUAGUCUUCCCAUUGAAACCACAAGGGGAAACAACCUAAGUGAUGCUAAUUUUUAUUUGUUUUUUUACACAUGCCUUUCGUCAUGUUAAAUCUGGACAGUGAUCAAAGGGUUCCCUUUCCACAUCCAGCCAAAACCAGCCAACAGAGUGUGCUUAUGUAAUGCUCUCCAGAAGGACUUUUGUGCAUGAGGGAUGUUAUUCAUAUGCUUCUCAAAAGUUGAUCUGCUAGGAUCAGGAACAAAUCCCUCCAGAGGUGCCUGGGAAAGCUUAUGAAAUUUCUGCAUAUUCCAGCGCAGGUUGUAAAGUUGAGGUAAGAGAGGGGUAACCUGUUGGUCUUUCAGUGUAGACAGUUCAGAGGAGGAAAGGGAGCCUAGGAGGAAUAUGGUCAAACGCUAUGUAUAAAGUUAGAGGCUGCAUCCUCAGAGGUAUAAUGAAAAUAGGGAUCAUAGUUGCCUUCUGAAGAAGAAAAGCAGCCCUUUUUUUGGUCUCCAAUUGCUGUCAUAGGAAAAGGUCCUUUCCCCCCCAAAAUUGGCCAAAAUGAGCCUAGCAGCCCAUGCCAAACCCAAGGGAACUUUUUGCUUUUCGAAAUGGUUCUGGAAUUUGGGAGAGUUCGGUGGGUGAUACAGCAAGAUUUUAUUUGGGGGAAAGAGAGGUCCUGAGGGAUAGAAAGACCUGUCCGUUUGGGUUCUCUCUCUGUUUCUCAUUUUUUUCCAAUCUUAAAUCCAGCUCUCCACAGUUCUGCAGGGUUUUGUGAUUUAAAAAAUCCUCAUGACAAUUCAUUGUAAUGCAAUUUUCUCUUAAUAAACACUGUUGCAUGCAGUUUUGACUAAUAUGCACAUUUCUGCAAGCAUUUCCUCCUAAUAGCAUGCAUUUUUGUUUGUUAUGUUCACUGAUCUGCACACUUUCCCCUAAUAUAUACAUUUUAAAAAAAUACAUAAUUUGAUUGGAAAAUUGCAUUGCAAAAUUUGGAUAAGUGCACAUUUUGGAUGACUGCGGUUUUGGUACAAUAUGUUUCUGAAAGUGAAAAUCUGAAAAAAUGCGGCUUUAAAUGUAAACUGAAUCAAAUUUCUCCCCCCUUACUACCUGGAAGUAAAUCCUGUUGAAUGCAGUGGGAAUUUCUUCUUACUCUUAAGUAGAAAUAUACAAGACGAAUGCACGUCUUCUCCUAUAUCCAUCUUGCAUUCUCUUGCCUGAAGUUCUCCACAAAUACAUAUGUCUAUAUUUCUCCACUUUAAAUUUAAAAAUUAUGGUUUCAGUUCAUAGUUAUGUUAUUUAAAUCUGUCCAUUCUUUAGCUCUUGCUUAGCAUUCACCUCUAUCUCUAAGUUAUUAUGAUUUCCUUCUGCUUUGCAUCUUUCUCUUAUGGCUGUUAGUCAUACAGUCCUUUUUGCUACUUGAUUUUCAGUCAAUCGAUUCUCUUCAAAGCUGUUGCCUGACUCGCGUAUUUCAGCAUGCUUAUGUAUAACGCGUUGUGGUUUUAAGUUUCACACUCCCUUCCUACAGGUUUUCAUCCAUUUGUGUUCCAUUGUUUUUCAAAGCCCAUUUGAAGAGGGCCGGUCUUUCUAAGUCAGUGGCUUUCAACCAGUGUUCCAUGGCACCCUGGGGUGCCUUGAAUGAUGGUCCGGGGUGCCGCAGGCAACACUGGCCUCUGACCCUCUUCCCUUCCCUCUCUCCUCUGAUACCUUCUUGUGUUUCUUCCUCCCAAUGGCUUGCAUAGCUCUUGGUUGCAGCAGCCCUGCUUACAAGCUCUCCAUGCAAAUGGUGCCUCUGGGGCUGGCCCAGCCAGUCCACCAGCCCUUGCUGUUGGGAAUGGACAGACAAGUCCCAGGCCCCUGUGGGGCAGUGUGAAGAGGCACCUCUCUUGGGGGUGGGGGCUCAGAGACCAGGGGCGGCAGCAGCGGACUCCCAAGGAGAGGGGAGAGGAGAGAGGCUGAGGGAACACCUGAAGGAGCAUCUCCACCCCCAUUGUUCUGCCCGGACACUGAGGUCUAGCGCCGAGGGCCUUCUGGCGGUUCCCUCAUUGUGAGAAGCCAAGUUACAGGGAACCAGGCAGAGGGCCUUCUGUGGAACGCCCUCCCAGCAGAUGUCAAAGAGAAAAACAACUACCAGACUUUUAGAAGACAUCUGAAGGCAGCCCUGUUUAGGGAAGCUUUUAAUGUUUAACAGACCACUGUAUUUUAAUACUCUGUUGGAAGCUGCCCAGAUGAGCGGGGUAAUAAUCAUCAUCAUCAUCAUCAUCAUCAUCAUAUCCAUAGGGGAGGGUGUUCGAAAAAGGGUGAGAGGCUGCCAGCUCUGUAGGCAAGGGGUGACAUAACGGCGCUCCUGAGGGGUGCUGCAGAAAGAAUGCAGUUGGUCAAGGGAGCAGUGGACUCAAAAAGGUUGGAAACCUCUGUUCUAAGUGUUUGUAUAGCAGCUGUCCUGAACCUGGUGCCCUCCAGAUGGGACUACAACUUCCAUCAGUCCUACCCAAUGCCAGUUUGAGAUAGGCUGUUGCAUAGCAUCUAGGUUUUUCUUACUGUUACGAUGAUGAUUAUUACCAUUACUACUGAAGAUUGUGGGACACGGGUGGCGCUGUGGGUUUAAACCACAGAGCCUAGGACUUGCUGAUCAGAAGGUCGGCGGUUCAAAAUCCUGCGACGGGGUGAGCUCCUUUUGCUCUGUCCCAGCUCCUGCCAACCUAAUAGUUCAAAAGCACGUCAAAAGUGCAAGUAGAUGAAUAGGUACCACUCCAGCGGGAAGGUAAACGGCGUUUCCAUGUGCUGCUCUGGUUUGCCAGAAGCGGCUUAGUCAUGCUGGCCACAUGACCCGGAAGCUCCUUCGGCCAAUAAAGCAAGAUGAGCGCCGCAACCCCAGAGUCGGUCACGACUGGACCUAAUGGUCAGGGGCCCCUUUACCUUUACCAGAGAUUGCAGAAUCUAAGCACUUAUUGCUACAGUUAAGCCAACUUUAACAACAGCAGUGCAGACAAUGUUUGCCUUCCAAACCUGACAUUUAAAUGCACAUGCAUUCAAAAGAUGUGUCUACUUCUAUCACCAUAGAAGCAGCAUUAGGACUGAAGCAAAGUGGAGCCAAAAUGCGAACUAGCAUGGUAUAAUUGUCAGUUUACACUUAGGACACUCACAAAUUAAAUUUCAGCCUAUGAAAACUCCUAAUUCAGGCAGUGACUCAUAACCUACAUAACAGGGUUGUUUAAGUUAUCCCUCUGGAAUAGAGGCGAAGGAAUGUUAAGCUAUAUCGGGGGCUGGUUACACAUCAAAAGGUUUGUGUUCUUUCUUCCGAUGACACUUCCGCUUAUUAAAGAAUGUAGUAGAUGAGUAGACACUGUAAAUCUUUAAUUAAAGGAUAGGCGGGUCUGGUUCAACAAGAGCAGGCAUUAGCACUGGUUGGAAAAAACAAGUACCAUUGGCUUAAAUGGCGACUGCUAGCCUGGUUCUUCUGAAAUCAGGUGGCACUCUGCUCGUGACAACAGGAUUACACUGAACGCAUGCUCAGUUGAGACUAUUGACAUAGCUUGAUGUGGACUGUAACAUUUAAAUGAUGACUCUGAGAACUUCAAAAGACAGCUAAGAGAGAGCCAACUGGUUUUCCACAUCCUCCUUGUCCUCCCCCACUCUGGGGAAACCCAUAGCAAAGACUUCUGGAAGUGUGCUGUUUAGCCAGGUAAGUCUUGGGAAGAAGUCUGGAGUGGGUUGCACUGAGCUCACAGGUUGUACAGGCAGCUAUAUUUGCUGGGGCAGAAGGUCAGCUCGGCUCUGAAUAAGACCUGAUUUGUGGAUGAGGAGCCUUGAUAUGGUCUAUGCCACUUUUAUAAACAAGUCAUUUAUGCUUUUCAGGUUUCUACAUCUCACUAAUUUUACAAUCGUUUUAACGUUUCAAAACUUGACUUCCUUCUUUCUGCAGUUCCUUAAAUUUAUUUUUAAUAUUUUCUGCAUAUCCAAAUUAACUCAAUUUGCUCAUUUAUUCAUCUGCUUUCAAUAUAUACUCUUAUAAGACUGCAGGUGGUUACCAUAAUCCUGCCCAUGUUCUUAUCUACUUACAAUUUGUCUGUAAAUAUUCAAUAAAACAUUUCCAUCCUUUAAAAAAAAGGUUAUCUUGAUUUCUUCUUCUGGGAAGUUUCACCAUUUCUGCAUAUUCUGUAAGUUUAUGUAUCCAUUCUUCCUUUGCUGGGACUUCUGCUUCUUUCCAUUUGGGAGCAUGCAACGUUCUUGCCGCUAUAGUAGCAUACAUGAAUAAGUUUCUAUACCGUUUAGGUAGUUUUAUCCCUAUAAUUCCCAAUUUUUUAAACAAAAGAAUGGAAAUGGUUUAUUGAAUAUUUAAACCAAUAAAAACAUCAAAGGACCUGCUGAUGGCAUUUUACCACUGUACUGUUGAGAGUGUAUUAACUUAUGGUCCGUGUGUGUGGUUUGGAAGCUGCACGGUCAGGGAAAAAAACAAUGUUGUCCAGGGUUGUAAAGACUGCAGAGAGAAUAAUUGGGUGAACCCUUCCCACCUUGGAUCAAAUCUAUGCUUCCAGGUGCCAUAAGAAAGCUGCAGAGAUAGUGCAGGAUAGUGCGCACCCUGGAAAUGAUCUCUUUCAGCUUCUGCCUUCUGGAAGAAGGUACAGAGUUAUAAAGACUAGGACUAGCCGCCUGAGAAACAGGUUUUAUCCAAAUGCGAUUUUGGUUUUAAACGCAGUGUAAGGUAGUCUCUAUGGGAGUAUAUUGUAUUUAAUUAUGGGGUAUCAGAGUUUUUAGGGGGCUAACCAGGCUGGGAUAGCAGGCUUCUGAAUGUCUGAUGUAGAUUUUCAAUUUCGUUGUUCUGUAUGGGACAAUGACAAUAAAGAUUAUCGUAUUAUCGCACUUAUCGUACUUUCAACAUGGGCAGGAUUAUUGUAAUAACCUGCAGCUUCAUAAGAGUAUAUAUUUAAAGAGGAUGAAUAACUGAGCAAAUUAAGUUAAUUUGGAUAUGCAGAAGGUAUUAAAAAUAAAUUUAAGGAACCACAGAAAGAGGGGGAAGGAAGUCAAGCUUUGAAAGGUCAAAAGGAUUGUAAAAUUAGUGAAAUGUAUAAACUUGAAAAGUAUAAAUAAUUCUUUUCUUCUUUUUUUUAAAGAGACAAGGCUGGUCUCGGAGUCAGUGUUGAGGACUCCCAGACUGCUGGUUAUUGGGGACUUCAACAUCCAUGGCAUGACAAAUGGCUUUGGGGUGGCUUACAACUUCAUGGCUGCCGUAACGACCAUGGGGCUGUAUCAACAGGUCAUUGACCCAACGCAUGUGGCAGGCCACACUCUAGACCUAGUUUUCUCAACUGGGCAGGAAGAGGUUGAUAGGAAAGUGUACUUUAUAGGAGCCCUACGGAAUCAGGGAGGGACGUGGGUGGCACUGUGGGUUAAACCACAGAGCCUAGGACUUGCCGAUCGGAAGGUCGGCGGUUUGAAUCCCCGUGAUGGGGUGAGCUCCCGUUGCUCGGUCCCUGCUCCUGCCCACCUAGCAGUUCGAAAGCACGCCAAAGUUCAAGUAGAUAAAUAGGUACCACUACGGCGGGAAGGUAAACGGCGUUUCCGUGUGCUGCUCUGGUUCGCCAGAAGCAGCUUAGUCAUGCUGGCCACAUGACCCAGAAGCUGUAUGCCGGCUCCCUCGGCCAAUAAAGCAAGAUGAGCGUGCAACCCCAGAGUCUCAUUGGCCCUGCUACCCUGUCUUUUAAAGUAAGCUCUGUAAGUCCCCUGCAGGUGCCUUUUGGUGCUGCUUGAACAUACCUGUACUGUGGUUUUCCAGUCCUCCUUGCCACAUUUCUCAAAACUUUUCGCUGUGCUGGCACUCACGGCUGGCUGGUCUUACAACCCACCCACUCCCCCUGCUUGUGAGAAAUUGGGCUGCUUUUAUUGUGUUACUUCCAGCUCCUGUUACCCAGGAAUUUGCAUCCUGGAGCUCAGAAGCGGGGUGUGUGUGAUUAAACUGGAUAUCGGCCAGAGAGUCAUGUUACUGAAGGGUGGGUCUAUAAAUUGACUAUGGUAAAUAACAGUCUGGCACUAUUACAGGUGCCACAUACUACUUGUUCUGCAUCUGCAAGAUAUCAAUCAUUUAGUGAUAUCAAUCAUUUAGUGUGGGAGCACCUACACUGUGGAACUCCCCGCCUGUUGACACGGGCAGAUGUCUUCACUACACUUUUCAGCUCCUGAUGAAAACAUUUUUGUUUAGACAAGUCUACCCAGGCAUGUAGGGUGCUGAAGUAUGUUUUAGUCUGUUUGUUGCUGAUUUUAUCUCUUGAAUGUUUCAAAGAACUGUCUUCACUAAUGAUUUCAUUGUUUUAUUUUUACUGUAAACCACACUGAGGGUUGUGGUUUUUUUGUUUUUGUUUUUUGUUUUUUGUUUUUACAAUCUAGCAGUAUAUGACAUUUUAUGAAAUAUUGAUCUUAAGUCAAAAGUAAGCCCAGCUGAGUUCAACACUUUAUUUCCAAAAGUAUGUACAGGAUUGCACCUUACAUUGAUUACAUAGCAAUUUAACUCUUGUUGGGUAGUCUGGCAUGUUGUAAGAUUCAAAAAGCAAUCAUGUCCUUUGUAUAGCAGAUGAAAGAGAACACAGCUUUAGUAACGAGUGUUUACUGAUGUAACAAGCUUAACGAUCCAUAUAUAUUACCUGGAACCUCGUGAUUUCUGUAUGCUGGGUCCUGAUUCUGGUAUGGAAGUUUGUUGCAUGUUUUCAGAGCUGGCUAUCUGUUCAUUUCUUUUGUCUUUUUCUGGAAUCUAAGUGGAUUAUAAAUAUUAAAAAUAAUAGCAAUGCAUUUUAAUGUACUUUUAAUUGAAAGCAUGCAUUUUAUGUGUACUCCCCCUCAGUGGCGUAGCGUGGGUUGUCAGCACCCGGGGCAAGGCAAGUAAUUUGCGCCCCCUAACCCGUGGAUUUUAGCACUCGAGUCUCUUCCACUAGAUUAGUUAGUGCAAGUGCACCCCCCAGAUGUUGCGCCCAGUGCGGCUGGCCCCCCCUGCACCCCCACGCUACGCCACUGCUCCCCCUAAUACGUACACUUUUUGCUGUUGUUGCAGAACUGCAGGUUUCAAAGGAUAGCUGUGGUUUCAAUUAGGAUUGUUUUCAGAUGUGCGGAUUAAGUAGAGUCGCAUUCAAGUGUGAACUGAAGCAAAGCUAUGUGCUUUCUAGCCACUCCAAACAAUUCUUUCCUGUGAAAGGAAGAAUAAAUUUGGCCUGUAUCACAUGUAGCACUAAGUAAUUGUCCCUUCAGCACAAAGAUUUGUGUUUGUGCUAUGGACUCUUUCUGCCUUCCUCCCGCCUUGUGCCCCCAAAUCUGUUCUGGGGGCGCCAUCAACCUCUGGAGCAGAUUUGGGGAGGGUGGGGUGCACAUUAGGAAGAGGAGAAGGGGAAGUCUCAUUGUGCAAGUGGAAAUACUUGCAAUGAUGGAACCAUGCCGUUGUCAAGGCCAUCUCACAGAAUUCAGAGGAUUGUGGAUUCCGGAGUGGCUCCAUGUUCUGAUCCACAAGGUGCAGGAGUUCUGCAAGAGGAAAGUUGGCAAAUGCAAGUAGAACCCUUUUAAGGAUGAACAAACACCAGACAUGGGGUAAUCAUGUUUAUGACUUUUCCACAAACCCUUUUCAGUUCUGUAGAUGCCUGCCUGGCCUUCUGAGAUUCCUAUCUUGAAGGGAGCAAUUAGAUACCAAAGUUUGGAGGGAAUAUUUACUUUCUCUGUUGAGGAAGUUGAUAAAAUGCAUAUGUGCUGGCAGAAAGACCCCGGUGCUGUGAGUACUUUGGCCAAUCUACCUCACAUAUUUUAAAGUCCACAAGCUUGAAUAGGUCGUGCCCAAGAACUCAAGGACCUUCACUCAAGGCAUUCUUUCAUGAAGGACAUUCCAUAAGGCUGGGAACAAUCUAUUUUCAACUGGACAUGAAAAGUCUGUCAGCAUUCAGGUGAACUAAUUGGAUGUUGAAAUAGGACUUGCUUAAGAACAAUGAUGGUGGUAAUUUCAGUAGAAGACAAUGUGGAAAUGCCUGUCAUUUCAGUCUCCAGAGCUGUCAUAUCAGGCAACCAUUGUACAGAUUCUACCCAAUGUGAUAAGUGAGAUAGGGGGACCAGAGGGAAAUGAUUAUACAGACAGGUUAUACAGCCUUUGUUAUUUAGGACAGAGAAGUAAAUUGCACCUGCUGAAAUUUAGUGAGUUCUUAACUCUUAAAGCUCCAGGAGCCCUACCCUCCAUGUCUUCUGACCAACCUCUGCUCUUGGGCUGCUGGUGCAUGCCCUAAUCCUACAUUUAUUCAUUUCUAGCCCUCAUGCUUACAGGAUGGGAAACUAUUAAAUUUCAAAAUACAUGCCCCUGGAGCAACCAUGACCAUGUAACUAUCCUCAUUCAACUCUUUCACAAGCUCUUCCUUCCAUUUUUCUGCCCAAUUAGGGGGGGUUCUCCUGGUUUACAAUGACAUAUUAGUGACUUAUGUGAUGUGGUAAGGUAAAGUUAAAGGGACCCCUGACCAUUAGAUCCAGUCGUGGACGACUCUCGAGUUGCGGCGCUCAUCUCGCUUUACUGGCCGAGGGAGCCGGAGUACAGCUUCCGGGUCAUGUGGCCAGCAUGACUAAGCUGCUUCUGGAGAACCAGAGCAGCACACGGAUAUGCCGUUCACCUUCCCGCUAGAGCGGUACCUAUUUAUCUACUUGCACUUCGUGCUUUCGAACUGCUAGGUUGGCAGGAGCAGGGACCAAGCAACGGGAGCUCACCCCGUCGCGGGGAUUCGAACAGCCCUAGGCUCUGUGGUUUAACCCACAGCGCCACCCGCUGAUGUGGUAACUGGAUACAAAUAGGCUUUUUUCUCCCACAUCAUCAUGUCAUUCAUGUCUUCAGUCUCUUCCAUCAGUGGCAUUGUGGUUGCCCCGUGUGCAAAAUUGUUAGGGCCACAAAAUUUCAACAACCAAUACUGCCUCAAUACAGCUGUGUGCUUGCAUCACUGGGCUGUCGAAAAUGGCUUCUCCAUGCAAGUGACCUCUCCAAACAACAGAAUGACUCUUCUUUUCUCUUCUCUGUGGCUGCAACCUCCUGGGUGAUGCAGAUGCCAUUAGCCAGUUGAAUGCAUAAGCAUAUUCCACCUGUUCCACUCCCUCCUAUUUCAGCAUGGCCCCGGGCACUGGCAAACCACGCUAUGCCACUGUCUUCCACAUCAGGCUGUGUUUAUCAAUUAAGUGGGAAGCCAGCCAAGGCUGAGCAUUGGCGCAGCCUGUGCACAUCUAGAGGCUGUUGGGCUCCAACUCCCAUCAGCCCCAACAAACAUGGACAAUGAUCAGGGAUGAAGGGAAUUGGAACCUAACAACACCUGGGGCAUCCCUGCUGUAUACUACUCGGAGAUAGAAGCUGCACAGAUUCAGUUUUCAGCACAUCACGUUCACUUACAUGACCAAACAAUGCAUGCUAUAGGAUGGGAAGCCUCUGACUACCACUUCUGGCUUGAUCAGCAAGAACUCUUGUGCAACCAAAAGUUCUGCCCUUGUGAAGUGAUUACUCCAGAGCUUGGUGACAACAGCCAGAGCAGUAGGUAAAAAGGUAAAGGUACCCUGACCGUUAGGUCCAGUUGCAGACGACUCUGAGAUUGCACGCUCAUCUCGCUCUAUAGACUGAGGGAGCCGACGUUUGUCCGUAGACAGCUUCCAGGUAAUGUGGCCAGCAUGACUAAGCCACUUCUGGCGAGCCAGAGCAGCGCAUGGAAACACCAUUUGCCUUCCCCCGGAGUGCUACCUAUUUAUCUACUUGCACCUUGACGUGCUUUCGAACUGUUAGGUUGGCAGGAGCAACCGGAGCUCACCCUGUCACGGGGAUUCGAACCACCGACCUUCUGAUCGGUAAGCCCCAGCCUGUAGGUGGGGUGGGUGGGUGUGUACGCAAAUGCCAGUGGGUCUUUGACCCAAGUGAAAUAAAGCUUAGUUUUGCCUCUAGCAACAGCACCCUUAGUUAUGUCACAUCAGAGUAUUUAAAAAUAACACUUUAUGCUAAAUCAUAACAGGCCAGAUUCAGGUAGGUAGUUGUGUUUGUCUGACGCACUUGACAUAAAUAAUUUUUUUUUAAAAAAAAUGUCCAGUAGCACCUUAGAGACCAACUAAGUUUAUUCUGGGUAUAAGUUUUCGUGUGCAUGCACACUUCUUCAGAUACUAAAUAGGCAUCUGGGCCACUGUUUUCCAUCUGAGCUAAAAUAAUAAUAAUUGCGCACUUUGUGGCUUGUGGGGUUGCAAUCUGAUCUGUACUUACAGAUUGCAGUCAGCCUGUGGCACGAAGUGCUACUGGAAUCCUUUCACAAACAGGGUUGUUAGGACUAGGGAUGGAGGAGAAAUUCAACUGAAUUCACAUUUAGGGCUCAUGUAGACUUCCUUUUGUGCUGUGCUUUCUUUUUCUGUUUGUUAAAUUAGUUUUUAUGGAGGUUUAUUUGCGUGGACAGGUGGAGUCCCCAGAUCCCGAGCGGCCCCUCCCCCGUCAUGUGGAAGAACGACUCAAGACAACGUGCUAUGGGAUUAAAUUGGCCACAACUUUAUUAAAUUUCAAAUGUGGGUAGACCUUGGCUCAGGCAUUGGGCGUUCUCCUUCCCCAGUCCCCAGCCGGGGACCUAGGGAGCAUCAGGGUUAUCCAGUGUGUGUGGUGGGGAUGGGCCGGCUCUGGAGACCCUAUGUUCAAGCAGAGAUAGCCGCCCCGUUACGCCGCCGCCGCAGGGGAGAGCAAUGACGACCUUUCAGCGUACGGUCAAAGCCUCCCUUCAGAAACCCCUUUAACGGGGAAUCCUGGUAUCGCCACCGCAAAGAGGAAGAUGGACUAAAGGAUUCCGCCCAAGGCCUGAUACCGCCAAAGUUGUGACGUUUUGUUAAGGGAAAGGCGAAACCUGCCAAUGCAGGGAAAUUCCUUUCCAGCCCUUUAACAGCGACCUUAACGUAGCAGCGCCCGCAUACCCGUGAAGAAAAGUUAACCUGCAAAACCUGUGAAGAAAAGUUAACCUGCAAAAUAAGCCAUUAACUGAGGGUGGGUAGGGUGGGAGAAGCUCUGGAGCCAAGUGAGGAUUCCCAGGUAAGAUCCCCCCUCUAUUGUGUGGGCAGGUAAUCCCUCCCCUACCUGGCCUGAUCUCCUUGGCAACGCUUCCCCCAGGUGGGAUUGAACAACUGACUGGGGUAGGCGGAGACCUCCAGGUAUCCCACCUGAGGGAAGGCAAAGCCAAGCCUAUGCUGAUGGGGCCGCUCCAGAUCCAGGGGCUGCACGUGUCCACGCAAAGGGCACCCCCCGUUUUAUGCGGGGAGCGGUCAUUGUGUUACAAAGCAAACAGAUGAACAGGGAGUGGUACAUCUGUGGUCUCCAUUGUUAAUUCAUAGUCUUUUUCACAGUUCAUUUACGUUUGGUGAGAGGCACUUUUGUCAUAGACAUCUUGUUGUUGGGAGAGAGAGAUGGGGGUUCUUGUUCUUUCAUUCUAUUGCGUAUUCUUAGUGUAGGGGGGGUUGUGUCAGCAUCACAUGGGUAGGUCUUUUGUUUGUAUAUUUAAGUGUAAGGACAACCUCUUUCCAGCUUGGCUUGAGAAGUCUUGCCAUUUGUUUCCUUCCCUUGCCAUGUUCGCCAAACUCAGUCCUCAGAUUCUGAGCACAACCAUGUUCUACCCUCAUUCCUGUGCUAUUCAGUGCCCCAGCCACCACUGUUGACGUCUAUGUCUUCAAAACAUGCACAUGGUUACAGAUGCUCAUUGUGUUAUUAAUUUUUUCUUACUUUACCCACUGGACGCCAAAAGCAUACUCAUUCCCAAGCAAAUGGGUUUAGUAAACAACUAGCAGACUUUUAGAAGACAUCUGAAGGCGGCCCUGUUUAGGGAAGCUUUUAAUGUUUAAUAGACUAUUGUAUUUUAAUAUUCUCUUGGAAGCCGCCCAGAGUAGCUGUGGAAACCCCGCCAGAGGGGCGGGGUAUAAAUAACAAAUUAUUAUUAUUAUUAUUAUUAUUAUUAUUAUUACUACAGCGAAUGCUCAGGUUGCGAACGUGAUCCAUGCGGGAUGCACAUUCACAACCCGCAGAGUCCGCAACCCGCAGCAACGCGUCUGCGCUCUCGCAGGUUGCGAUUUAGCGCUCCUGCGCAUGCGCGACCGCUGAAACCCGGAAGUAACCCUUUACUUCCGGGUUUCGGUGGUCCACAACCCAAAAGAACGCAACCUGAAGCAUCUGUAACCCGAGGUAUGACUGUAUUAUUAUUAUUAUUAAGCUAUUAUUAAGCUCUACAGUCGUACCUUGGUUCUCAAACAGAAUGCAUUCCGGGAGUCCGUUCGACUUCUGAAACCUUCGCAAACCAAGGCGUGGCUUCCGAUUGGCUGCAGAAGUGUCCUGCAGCCAGGCGGAAGCUGUGGAAGCCACGCUGGACGUUCGGCUUCCGAGGCAAAGUUCGCAAACCGGAACACCUACUUCCGGGUUUGCAGCGUUCGUGAACUAAGCUGUUUGAAAACCAAGGUAUUUUAUUUCUGCAGGCCUAUAGAUGGUGCUAUGAUUUAAGUGAGCUUAAAAUGUGAAACUGCACGUGCUCAGAGUAUUUUUUUUAAUUUUUUAUCAGAGUUGGCAAGCAGCUUCUUUUGUUUUUAGUGUUUGCUGUAACAUAACGGGAAUGUAGAAUGGACGGAUGAGACCCCACCCGAUAGCCCCCCCCCGGAAGACCAUUAAGUCCAGAGUCUUAUAUUAUCUAACUGCACCAUUGUGUACAUAUAUUUGAGUAUGUGUCAGGAAACAGACUUUAAAGGUGUAGCUUUAAAAUCUAAAUUCAGCAAAGCAAACUUCCCCUUUAAAAACUUUAUGUGUUUUUGUUCUUUUCUGCCUCAAGAAACCAUGGCCAAGAAAGUAGCGAUUGUUGGGGCAGGAGUGAGUGGACUGGCCUCCAUCAAAUGUUGCUUGGAUGAAGGACUGGAGCCCACCUGCUUCGAGAGGAGCGAUGACAUUGGGGGCGUGUGGCGAUUCACGGUAAAUUGAGGAGGGGCAAUAUGGCUUGAUCUCUGACUAGGGUUGCUCAACUGAAGAAACUCACAUUUGGGUUAAGCAGGGCUAGUCAGUCGUCAGUAAUAAUCCUAUUCAAAAUAAACAAACAAAUUGAGCAAAAUCCUCUGCAAAUUCUGAUGACUAUUCAGCAUGUGAUUCCAAAAUAGUAGCCAAAUAUUUAAUAUUUGCAUUUGGCGUCUGUUAAUUUUGGCGUCUGUUAAUAAAUCUAUAAGCACUUGGAUUUUGCAACACAUUCAAAACCUGAACCAAAGUUUUGUACAGUUUUAAAUUUUUGUGAAUAUUCUGCCCAUUGGUUGGGUCCUCUUUGACAGAAACAAAUUAUGAACACUUUCUCCUCUAUCUGCCUCUCCCCCCCCCAAAAAAAGCGCGUCCCAGUUUUCCAAUACAGGCCACAUCCUGACCACUAACAGGUGUAAACAAGUUCUAGACCUGCUGAAGCAUGGAAAUAAACCAUAUUCCAGCUGCAGGCUGUCUUAUUUAUGAGCAUCCUAACCACAAGCCAUUCUAAAUAUAAAUGUAAGCAAGUCUGCAUUGUCUGCGGUUAUCUAGCAGUUGCUGCAUUUUGGCUUUUUGGUGAAAAAGCAACAUUAGCAUUUCUCACAGUGGUGCUUGAUGGGAUGGUUGGAUCCUGAAGGGGUAACUGUGCCCCUCAAGGACCAGGUGCGCAGCCUGGGAGUCAUUUUGGACUCACAGCUGUCUAUGGAGGCGCAUGUCAAUUCUGUGUCCAGGGCAGCUGUUUACCAGCUCCAUCUGGUAUGCAGGAUGAGACCCUCCCUGCCCGCGGACUGUCUCGUUAGAGUGGUGCAUGCUCUGGUUAUCUCCCGCUUGGACUACUGCAAUGCACUCUACAUGGGGCUACCUUUGAAGGUGGCCCAGAAACUGCAACUAAUCCAGAAUGUGGCAGCUACACUGGUGACUGGGAGCGGCCGCUGAGACCAUAUAACAGUGGUUCUGAAAGACCUACAUUGGCUCCCAGUACGUUUCCGGGCACAAUUCAAAGUGUUGGUUGGUGCUGACCUUUAAAGCUCUAAAUGGCCUUGGCCCAGUAUACCUGAAGGAGCAUCUCCAUCCCCUUUGUCCAGCACCGGGGGCCUUCUGGCGGUUCCCUCACUGCAAGAAGUGAAGUUACAGGGAACCAGACAAAGGGCCUUAUCGGUGGUGGCACCCGCCCUGUGGAAAGCCCUCUCAUCAGAUGUCAAGGAAAUAAAAAAGUUUUAGAAGACAUCUGAAGGCAGCCCUGUUUAGGGAAGUUUUUAAUGUUUGAUGUUUUAUUGUGCUUUUAAUUCUGUUGGAAGCCACCCAGAGUGCCAGCCAGAUGGGCAGGGUAUAAAUAAAGAAUAAUUACUCUCAUUAUCGGAGAAAUCUGAAUUAAAUGGGUAGAAAGUGCAGGCUGCCACUUAGAUGAGGAUGACAUUUGGUCCAUAGUUUUGGAUACAUUGGCAAUCUUGUAAUACAGUAUAUACAAUUUUUGGUAUGUGAGGUGGAUGAAAAUAAAGGAUCUAUUUAACGGUGUUUCCAAUGCUUCCUGUUGAUUUCUGCAUAAUAAGGCAAUUGAUAAAUAAUGAGCAAUGUUCUUGUGCUUUUCUGUGGCCCAGGAGGAUGUCGAAGAAGGGAGAGCCAGCCUCUACAGAUCAGUGGUCAGUAACACAUGUAAAGAGAUGUCGGCUUUUGCUGACUUUCCAUACCCAGAAGAUUUCCCUGUCUUUUUACCACACGCCAAGCUCCUGGAAUAUCUUAGGAUGUAUACAAAACAUUUUGAUCUUCAGAGGCACAUUCAGUUCAAGGUAAGACCCACCCACCCCCCUGAACUGCUGAAAUUAACAUGUUAACAUUUCAGAAUAUUUCUAUGUAAGAGCCAGUGUGGUGUAGUGGUUAAGAGCGGUAGACUCGUAAUCUGGUGAACCAGGUUCACUUCCCUGCUCCUCCACAUGCAGCUGCUGGGUGACCUUGGGCCAGUCACACUUCUCUGAAGUCUCUCAGCCUCACUCACCUCACAGAGUGUUUGUUGUGGGGGAGGAAGGGAAAGGAGAAUGUUAGCCGCUUUGAGACUCCUUCGGGUAGUGAUAAAGCGGGAUAUCAAAUCCAAACUCUUCUUCUUCUUCUUCUUGGAUUUUUUUACAACUCAAAACCAAAGCAUCUGAAACUCAGGCUGAGAAAUUGCUAGGGUAUGCAACCAACCUGGCUUGAAUCAUAGAAUUGUAGAGUUGGAAGGGACCCAAAGACUCAUCUUGUCUGACCCCUGAAAAGCAGGGAUCACAACUAAAGGAUCUCCAACAGAUGGCCAUCUAACCUCUGUUUAAAAACUUCCAAUGAGGGAGAGUCCUUCCACUGUUUGACAGCUCUUACUGUCAGAAAGUUCUUCCAGAUGUUUAGUUGAAGACUCCAGUCUUUCACCCUGCACUGUUUAAUCCGAGAAGCAUAUUUGUUUCUAGUUCGAAAAGAUGCCUAUGACUCCUAAAUCUUGUUCUUAUUUUCAAGUCCACUAGUUCCUUCUUGCAAUUGGUUCUUUCCUUGAAAUAUUUCAGAGUACCGUGAUCAGCGUAAGGAAGUGCCCCGACUUCUCUGCCACCGGCCAGUGGGACGUUGUCACGGAGACUGACGGGAAACAGAAAUCCGCCAUCUUUGAUGCUGUCAUGGUUUGCAUUGGUUAUCUUGCCGAUCCCUCAGUGCCACUCAAGUCAUUCCCUGGUACUGUAUAGCUGAUCUGGAGUUUCUUUCUGUUUAAUGCUUGCUUUAAAAAGCUCUUGCAUGCAUUCAGGAAGAAAAGCAACACAUGCAGAGGCAAAGUUCAUAUUGUUUCAAUGUAUCCGAGGGUCCAAGAAUGUGUUUGUCUUCCUAAAAGAGAUAUUUUGAAGUAUAAAUACAAGCAAAACUGUGCAUGUCCCUCUCGGGACAACAGUUCAAAGUGAUUGAUUACAUUUCAGGAUUUUUGAAGCACCAUGUCCAACAAAAAUGAUUCCUGGAUGCAGAAAAUCAGCAUGUUUUUCCCCACGAUAGCACGAGGGGACCCUUCCCCCACAAAAACCCGCUCUUUAAAGUUGAAUCGGAGCAGACAGCAAUCUCUGGAAACCCUGAAUUGCUGUUUGUUCCAAUUUAGCUUUAAAGAGCAGAUUUUGGGGGGUGGGGACAGCUCAGAGAGCACUCGGACAUGGAGCAGGGCAAAAGGCAAGUGUGGAAAAGCCCAUCCAGGGUGUGGCACAUCCCUUCUGCCCAAGGGUGGCUCUGCUGUAAUAGAAAUAAUGUAUGUUUAGCACCUUGUACACUAGACAUGCGGGACGUUGGUGGAGCUGUGGGUUAAACCACUGAGCCUAGGGCUUGCCGAUCAGAAGGUCGGCGGUUCAAAUCCCCGUGACGGGGUGAGGUCCCGUUGCUCGGUCCCUGCUCCUGCCAACCUAGCAGUUCGAAAGCACGUCAAAGUGAAAGUAGAUAAAUAGAUACCACUCUGGCGGAAAGGUAAACAGCGUUUCUGUGUGCUGCUCUGGUUCGCCAGAAGCGGCUUAGUCAUGCUGGCCACAUGGCGUGGAAGCUGUACGCCAGCUCCCUCGACCAAUAAAGCGAGAUGAGCGGUACAACCCCAGAGUCGGCCACGACUGGACCUAAUGGUCAGGGGUCCCUUUACCUUUACACUAGACAAGCACUGCAUAAAUCCCAGGUGCACAGCCUGGGAGUCAUUUUGGACUCACAGCUGUCCAUGGAAGUGCAGGUCAAUUCUGUGUCCAGGGCAGCUGUUUACCAGCUUCAUCUAGUACGCAGGCUGAGACCCUACCUGCCCACGGACUGCCUCGCCAGAGUGGUGCAUGCUCUAGUUAUCUCUUGCUUGGACUACUGCAAUGCACUCUAUGUGGGGCUACCUUUGAAGGUGACCCAGAAACUACAACUAAUCCAGAAUGUGGCAGCUAGACUGGUGACUGGGAGCGGCCGCCGAGACCACAUAACAUGGGUCUUGAAAGACCUACAUUGGCUCCCAGUACGUUUCCGAGCACAAUUCAAAGUGUUGGUGCUGACCUUUAAAGCCCUAAAAGGACCGCGGCUCAGUAUAACUGAAGGAGUGUCUCCACCCCCAUCGUUCAGCCCAGACACUGAGGUCCAGCUCUGAGGGCCUUCUGGCGGUUCUCUCACUGCGAGAAGUGAGGUUACAGGGAACCAGGCAGAGGGCCUUCUUGGUAGUGGUGCCCGCCCUGUGGAAUGCCCUCCCAGCAGAUGUCUAGGAGAUAAGGAACUACACAACUUUUAGUAGAUAUCUGAAGGUGGCCCUAUAUUGGGAAGUUCUUAAUGUUUGAUGUUUUAUGAUGUCUUUAUAUGUGCUGGAAGCCGCCCAGAGUGGCUGAGACAAUCCAGUCGGACAGGCAGGGUAUAAAUAAUUAAAUUUAAUUUAAUCAAGCACAUGUACUUGAGAGUAAACUUCAACCAUGGGGUUGACUUCUGAACAAACAUGCAGAGGACUAAAUUAUAGGUGCUGCUUCAGUUAUUAUUUGCUGGGGCAUGUCCUCAUUUCCACACAGGUCUAGACAAGUUCAAGGGGCAGUAUUUCCACAGCCGCUACUACAAAAGCCCAGAGGUCUUCAAGGAUAAGACAGUCCUUGUUAUUGGCAUGGGGAAUUCUGGAACCGACAUCGCCGUGGAAGCAACUCAGACAGCAAAAAAGGUAGCAUCCCUCAGACCAGUUGCACAUUUUAAACUGGGCACCUUCACCCACCUUUUAAAUACAGAAUUGCUGUUCUUAUUCAGGUUAGACAUUUCUGAUGCUAACACUUUCCAGACACUGAAAUACUCUUAUUAUAGACAAUUAGGCUUUGCAACGGGGUUAUGUACCGUAUUUUUCGCUCUAUAACACGCACCCGACCAUAACACGCAAGUAGUUUUUAGAGGAGGAAAAUCCGUAGGCAUGCCACCCGUAGGCAUUCCCUCCAUAACACGCACAGACAGUUCCCCUUACUUUUUAGGAGGAAAAAAGUGAGUGUUAUGGUGCAAAAAAUACGUACCGUAUUUUUCGUUCUAUAGGACGCACCGGCCCAUAGGACGCACCUCGUUUUUUUUGGGGGGGGGGAAAUGAAUAAAAAAAAUUAUUCCCCCCCCCCCGCGGCUGCCGCCCCAAGCCUCGCGUGCUCGGGCUUCAGGCUUCCGCCCCAAGCCUUGUGCGCUCGGCGGGACCUCCUGCCGGGCGCGCAAGGCUUGCAGACACUCGCCCGAAGCUCGGGGAGCCCUCCGGAGGGCUCCCCGUGCUUCGGGCGACAGGCUGCCGCCCCAAGCCUCGCGCGCUCGGCGGUACCUCCUGCCGGGCGCGCAAGGCUUGCGGACACUCACCGGGGCUGCAGGCUGCUGCCUGCAAGCCUUGUGAGCCCGCGGGAACUCCCACCGGGCUUGCAAGGCUUGCGGAUAGCUUCCUGAAGCCUGGAGAGCGAGAGGGGUCGGUGCGCACCGAUGCCUCUCGCUCUCCAGGCUUCAGCGAAAGCCUGCAUUCGCUCCAUAGGACGCACACACAUUUCCCCUUCAUUUUUGGAGGGGAAAAAGUGCGUCCUAUGGAGCGAAAAAUACGGUAAGUAUUUAUUGCUGUAAGGAAAGCACAGCUUGAAAGCUCAUCUGGAGAUGUGGUGGCCCCACCUAGUGGGAAAAGUUGGGUAUGGCACGGUAAAUAUUUGUUUCCGUAAUUAGUCCAGAGCAUGAGUAGGCAAACUAAGGCCCGAAGAUGACUUGGAAACAACAAUUAAUGCAGAAUGCGGAAGCUAGACUGGUGACUGGGAGUGGCCGCCGAGACUAUAUAACACUGGUCCUUAAAGACCUACAUUGGCUCCCAGUAUAUUUCCGAGCACAAUUCAAAGCGUUGGUGCUGACCUUUAAAGCCCUAAAUGGCCUCGGUCCUGUAUACCUGAAGGAGCGUCUCCACCCCCAUCGUUCAGCCUGGACACCAAGGUCCAGUGCAGAGGGCCUUCUGGCGGUUCCCUUACUGCGAGAAGUGAGGUUAUAGGGAACCAGGCAGAGGGCCUUUUCGGUAGUGGCGCCCGCCCUGUGGAACGCCCUUCCAUCAGAUGUCAAGGAAAUAAACAACUAUCUGGCUUUUAGAAAACAUCUAAAUGUUCCCUGUAUCGGGACAUUUUUAAUGUUUGAUGUUUUAUCGUGUUUUUAAUAUUGUGUUGGGAGCCACCCAGAGUGGCCAGGGAAACCCAGAAAGAUGGGCGGGGCAUAAAAAUUUAUUAUUAUUAUUAUUAUUAUUAUUAUUAUUAUUAUUAUUAUUGCAGAAAGGAAGCAUUGAUGAUUGGCAUUUGCUGGACAGAUGCCCAUUUCAGGCUUGGGACAUGAACAUCAGUAAUUUUCUCUUCCGCUUUAGUUGGAAUUCUCUGACAUCUCCCUUGCUCCUUGCUCUAAGUACCAAACUUCCUUUUUUUUAAAAAAACUGGGUCUACUCCAUAAACUAUACCAGGCUGUUUUCUUUCUAGGUGAUGCUCAGCACAGAAAGAGGUGCUUGGGUGAUAAGCCGUGUCUUUGACAAUGGCUACCCCUGGGACAUGGUUUUCCUAACCCGUUUUAUGAACAUUGUUCGAAACAUCCUCCCCGGGCGCUUCACAGGAUGGCUGAUUGAGAACCGAGUGAGCCAGUGGUUUAACCACGCAAACUAUGGCUUAAUUCCAAAGGACAGGUACGUGGCGUCAACGCAGGUUUAAAAGUGGGAAAGAAACAGAAAGACAGUGGUACCUCCGGUUAAGUACUUAAUUCGUUCCGGAGGUCUGUACUUAACCUGAAACUGUUCUUAACCUGAAGCACCGCUUUAGCUAAUGGGACCUCCUGCUGCCACCGCGCCGCAGGAGCACAAUUUCUGUUCUCAUCCUGAAGCAAAGUUCUUAACCUGAAGCACUAUUUCUGGAUUAGCGGAGUCUGUAACCUGAAGCAUAUGUAACCUGAAGCAUCUGUAGCCUGAGGUACCACUGUACAGUAUAUCCCCCCCCCAAAAAAAAUUAACCAAAAGCAUUUUCUAAGAAAUCUACAGGACCGCCUCCCCUGGUAUGCCCCGCAGAGGACCUUAAGGUCCAUGAAUAACCAUAGUUUAGAGAUCCCGAGCCCUAAGGAAGUCAGACUAUCCUCCACCAGGGCCAGGGCCUUUUCAGUGAUGGCUCCGACCUGGUGGAAUGCUCUGUCCCAUGAGACUAGGGCCCUUCAGGAUUUAACCUCCUUCUGUCAGGCCUGUAAGGCAGAGCUAUUCCACCUGGCCUUUAAUUUGAAUUCAGCCUGAUCUUUUAUUUCCCUUCCCUUCCUUCCCCCUCCCCUUUUAUGAAGAUCAACCGCUCUGAGACCCCACAGCUAAUUCUCCCCUGGCCUCCUUGCUGGCCCAAGUAGGAUCAAAUCAGCCAGCUAGCACGGGGAAUUAACUAAUUGAUUUUUGAAUUUUAUUGUUAUUCAUGUUUUUGUACUGUAUUUUAUGCUGCUUUUAUAAUUAAGUGUUUUAAAGUGUUUUAAAUUUGUUGUUAGCCACCCUGAGCCCGGUUUUUGAACCGGGAAGGGUGGGGUAUAAAUAAAAAAAUAGUAUAAAUUUAUUAUAAGAAGCCCAAAUAAAGAGAGGUGGGAAGAAAGGGUUUUGCCAGCAUUCAUAAAAGUACAGGCAGAGGUGUGGUCCAUGAAAUGGGCUGUGGCAGGAAGUCUGAGUCCCUCUCCCCACACAUCCUUCUCGCUCUGUAAGAUUCAUUCAAAUGAAUGGGAACAGGACUGCAUGGAUACCCUUCCUGCCCCGUGGGUCUGAUCUGCCCCCCUUAAAGGGAACAAAAACCCACCUCCAGGGGGCUGCUAGUUUCCUUUCGGAGCAAGGUUACAAGCUGCGUAUCUUGACAUCAUUAUUGGUACACUUCAUAGCUGUAGCUGACUAGAAUAACCGCUCCCCACAUUAAAUGGGGGGCUCCCUUUGUGUGGUCGCUUGCAGCCCCCUGGACCCUAUGUGGCACCAUUAACACAGGCUUGGCUUCGCCUUCCCCAGGUGGGAUACCUGGAGGUCUCCGCCUACCCCAGUCAGUUGUCCAAUCCCACCUGGGGGAAGCGUUGCCAAGGAGAUUAGGCCAGGUAGGGGAGGGAUUACCUGCCCACACAAUAGAGGGGGGAUCUUACCUGGGAAUCCUCACUUGGCUCCAGAGCUUCUCCCACCCUACCCACCCUCAGUUAAGACUUCUUUUGCAGGUUAACCUUUUCUCCACAUUACGCAGGUGCUGCUAUGUCAAGGUUGCUGUUGAAGGGCCGGAAAGGAACUCUCCUGCAUUGGCAGGUUUGCCUUUCCCGUAGCAAAACGUCACAACUUUGGUGGUAUCAGGCCUUGGGUGGAAUCCUUUAGUCUAUCUUCCCUAAAUGGGGGUGGGAGUGCAGUGGUGACCCACGCCCCCUCCUCUUUGCGGCAGCGAUACCAGGGUUCCCCGUUAAAGGGGUUGUUUUGAGGGGAGGCUUUGGCCGUAUGCCGAGAGCUUGUCAUUGCUCUCCCCUGCGAUGGUGGCGUAACGGGGGCAGGCUCUCUCUGCUCUCCAGAGCCAGCCCAAUCCCCACAAAUUCUGGAUAACCCUGAUGUUCCCCAGAUCCCCAGCGGGGGACUGGGAGGGAUAAACGCCCAAUGCCUGAACCAAGGUCUACCCACAUCUGAAACAUAAUAAAGUUGUGGCCAAUUUUAAUCCCAUAGCACAUUGCCUUGAGUCAUUAUUCCACACAGGGUUUGGGGACUCCGCCUGUCCACGCAAAACAAAAAUUCUCCAUCUCAAGCAAAAAAAAAAGGAGAUUUUCGCCGCCACGCAUAGACAUGCUUCCCUGCACCCUUGGGAAUUGAUACCUUUCCUGUGAUAGAUAACAGAACUUUCCCUGUCGUUAUAUUGACAUAACCAGGGGCGGACUUGGGUAAUCUUGGGUAAUAUGGCACCCUGAGCAAGGACAACAUUUGUUGCCCCCAAAUGGAUCUUCUCAGGUAUGUACCCCCUCGGCUCGGCACCUGUGUGGGAGAAGCACGCAUGCCGCCCAAAACCCAGCGCUGACAUAACCUUUUGAGUUUUUUAUUUUGUGAUUUUUGUGUUGCGAACUGCCUUGAGUUCUACGGGGAUAGGCCAGUGUACAAAUUUAAUAAAUAAUAAUAAUAACCUUAGAGACAAAAAUGUAUGCAUGGUACGGAUGAAGUGGACAAGAGAUUAUUUCGUUUCCCCCUGUCACAGUGAAACUGAUGGGCUGUAGUUUCAGCAACUACCAAAUACAGUUUUUAUGACUUCUUUUUUUUUAGGCACAAUGCAUCUGGGGUUCAUCGCCACAAGCAGGGGUGGAGGAAGGGGGGCGGUGGGGGUGGUCCGCCCCGGGUGUCAUCACUGAGGGGGGUGACAUUCGGCACGCCCGCGACUCCCAAGCCUACCCCCAGCCAUUGGGGGAAGGGGCGGAACUGUCGGAGAUUCCGUACGACCGAGUUGAAUCCGACUGUGAUUAAUGACCUAAGCCUUUAAUGAGGCUUCAGGCACGUUCCCUCAUUAUGCAGAGUAUCCAAACUGCAGAAGGAGAUGGAAAUAUGAGCUACAUCGCUACGUUUAUUUCUAACUACGCAGGACAGAAAAAGAAUAUGCAUCUGCUCUCUGUGAGAGACAGUGCACAGCAAGCACAAAGAAACAGGAAACCAGUAACAUCAACAUCCAUCUCCCAUCUCCCGUGAGACUUCCAACAGUCUGGAAUGUAAACAGAGUCUUGUGACUCCAAAAACUGCACAGUGGCAUAAACAGAAACCUAACCGGAGCUGUGCCGCCUUGCCAGCGGCCUUCCCUCCCCUUCUCCCUUCGUUUUUACAGCUCAGGGGAGGCUUGGACGUUGCGGGCGGGUGGAGCGCCAUUGGCCCCCGCUUCUGGGCUGCUUCCUGGGGGGUAGCCUUCCCUGAGCUGUCAAAAGGAAUGGAGGAAGGCUGCUGGCAAAGCUGAACGGCUCCCCGCCCCCCGCCCAGGAAGCAGCCCACCAUGGGUGGCUCACUCCACCCCAUGGGCUUCUCCCCCCCUGGGCUGCUUGCCCCGCCCCAUGGCCCCACCCUCGGGUGCACAGCAUGUGCACCGCUCCAGGUGCCAGAGCAGCUAGCUCCACCUCUGGCCACAAGUUGUGGUGAUGGCUACUAGCUUAGCUGCCACAUUCGUGGAGGAUGAGCUAUUGGCCAUGAGAGGUACAUGGAACCUCCAGGUUCAAGCGCAGUGUACCUUUGAACAGGUGCAGGAGACAACAGGUGAUGGGUGGUCGUCCUUAUAUGAUGCUUAUGGGCUUCUCAGGAGCAUUUGGCUGCUGAAGGCGUUGUAAUAAAAUGAAGGGCAGAGAAGGAAAACAAGUAAUGGGGGGAGGGGCUACCACUCUUUGCCUCACAUUUUGUAAAACCAGCAUGGCAACAACCAGUGCUUUUUUUUACUCAAAGGCAUGCAGAAUCAAACCACUGGCAACAACACACUGAACCUCUCUCUUUUGUCUACAGCUUCCUUAUCUGGCAAUCUUUCCCAUUCUUCCUCCUCCCUGUAGGACGGUGAUGAGAGAGCCCCUUUUGAAUGACGAGAUCCCAUCCUGCAUCAUCACUGGGAAGCUCUCUGUUAGGCCCGAGGUGAAGGAGUUCAGAGAAAACGCCGUCGUGUUUGUGAACGCUCCUGGGGCAGAAGAAGUGGACGUCGUCGUCUUCGCCACGGGAUACAAAGCUUCUUUCCCUUUCAUCGACGAGUCAAUUGUCAAGGUGGAAAACCAGCAGGCUUCCUUGUACAAAUACAUCUUCCCCCCUCGGCUGGAAAAACCGACCCUCGCCUUCAUCGGCUUCCUCAGGCCACUUGGGGCGGUGAUGCCUGUUGUGGAAACUCAAGCACGCUGGGUCACACGCAUCUUUAAUGGUAGGAAGGGGGAGAUACAAGCACCCUAGGAGGCCAGGGGGUGCCUGUAAGUGUGUGGAAAUCCUGGGGAAGCUCAGCCUGGCAGCUGGACCAGACACUUGCUCUCGAUGCCAUGGGUAGGGGGGACCUGUGGCCCUCCAGAUGUUGUUGGACUCACCCUCCCAUUAGCCCUAAGUAGCAUAGCCAGUGGCCAGAGGGGAUGAGAAUUUUAGGCCAAGAAAUCUGGAGGGCCCCAGAAGGUCAUCUCUGUGCUGUGCCAGUAAGGGAUUAUCCACCUUAGCUUUUGCCCAGCACUUUCUAGGCACUGGUUUGGGCUUUAAAGCCCCAUGUCCAAGCACAGGCAUCCUCAACCUUUGGCCCUCCAGAUGUUUUGGCCUACAACUCCCAUGAUCCCUAGCUAACAGGACCAGUAGUCAGGGAUGUGGGAAAUUGUAGUCCAAAACAUCUGGAGGGCAAAAGGUUGGGGAUGCCUGUCCAAGCACCACUUCUUCUUCUUCUUCUUCUUCUUCUUCUUCUUCUUCUUCUUCUUCUUCUUCUUCUUCUUCUUCUGCCUAGCCAAUUUCCCCAGGAAAACCUGCUUUUAAACAUUUGAUCAGAACAAACAAACAUCUAUUCAGGUUUUCUGCAGAUUGCCAUUUGCUCCCAUUUAGUGGUAAAGAGCGGGUUUUCACGGGGAAAGCUCUAAGGCAAGAAAAAGAAGAGCACUCGGACACAGACCGCCCCUGGAAAGCCCAGAAGAAAGAUAAGUGUGGAUAAGCCCUACCUUGCUGGCAGAAAGAUGACCUACCACACCAGAGGGCUAGAGAGAAGUACUGCAGCUCAGCAGAGCUCAGGGACACCCAAGGGUGUUAGUGGUGGUGAUGGUUUAUUGACUGUACUGUCAAUAAAGUAAAAUUACUUCAUUACUGUACUGACUUUAGACCCAGAUCUCCUGAGCUUCCGCAAGGGCGCUGCAUCAUGUGUCCUUCUCUCUCCCUCUCUUUAGUUUUUAUUAAAGCACAUAUUAUUCCUCAAAAUUCACAGAAUGCCUCACUCCACUGCAAUGACAGUUCCAUAAUGUAAGGUAAAGGUAAAGGGACCCCUAACCAUUAGGUCCAGUCGUGACCGACUCUGGGGUUGCGGCGCUCAUCUCGCUCUAUAGGCCAAGGGAGCCGGCGUUUGUCUGCAGACAGCUUCUGGGUCAUGUGGCCAGCAUGACUAAGCCGCUUCUGGCAAACAAGAGCAGCGCACGGAAACGCCGUUUACCUUCCCGCCGGAGCGGUACCUAUUUAUCCACUUGCACUUUGAGGUGCUUUCGAACUGCUAGGUUGGCAGGAGCAGGGACCGAGCAAUGGGAGCUCACCCCGUCGCAGGGAUUUGAACCACCGACCUUCUGAUCGGCAAGUCCUAGGCUCUGUGGUUGAACCCACAACGCCACCUGCGUCCCUAAAACCACCUUACGUUGGACCAAAGCAUUGGUCCAUUUAGAUCAGCAUUAUCAACACCAACCAUCGCCAACUGGGUGCCCUCCAGUUGCUGGCUGGGGGUUGAUGGGAGGUCUAGUCCAAAACCUCUGGUGGGCACCCAGUUGGCGAAGGUUGGUGUUGAUAAUGCUGAACUAAAUGGACCAAUGGAGAUGCUUGGGGUUGAAUCUGGAACCUUCUUUGAAGCAUUUAGAGGGAAAUAGACUAGUUUUCCUAGCCCAGUUUCGAGGCUAACCAGGAUUCUCAUCCCAUCGGUGGACAAUACCACGAUUGUCUCUAUUUGAAGGGGUCUCUCGCACAUGCAAUGUGUUGUGUUUGAAACCCUGCCUCGUCUCACACCAGGCAGAAAUGGAUGCUACUAACAAUUGGACAGCCUCUACUUCUGCUUGGAAGGCACAUGCUCAGUUUUCACCCCCCUGCAAAAAGAAAGUCCCUUCUGAUGAACCUCAAAAAAAAAUGUGACUCACUGAAAAAUCCUUCCUGUCUUCUAGGCUUGUGUAAGUUGCCUCCAGUGACCGAAAUGAUGGAGGAGGUCAACGAAAAGAAGAAAAACAAGCGCAACUGGUAAGCUCCUACAUAUGACCUGACAACGUUGAGCCCGGACACUGAGGUCCAGUGCCAAGGGCCUUCUGGCGGUCCCCUCGCUGCGAGAAGCCAAGUUACAGGGAACCAGGCAGAGGGCCUUCUCGGUAGUGGCACCUGCCCUAUGGAACGCCCUCCCACCAGAUGUCAAAGAGAAGAACAACUACCAGACUUUUAGAAGACAUCUAAAGACAGCCCUGUUUAGGGAAGCUUUUAAUGUUUAAUAGGUUAUUGUAUUUUAAUAUUCUCUUGGAAGCCGCCCAGAGUGGCUGGAGAAACCCAGCCAGAUGGGUGGGGUAUAAAUUAUUAUUAUUAUUAUUAUUAUUAUUAUUAUUAAUCUUCAUUGGUCGGAUGGAGGUGCAUGAGGGAUGCCAGCUGAUCAGAAUAGUUACAGACGUAACUAUGUGAAUGUCUGCCAAUGUGCCACAGCUAAAGGCAUGUUUGACAAAGCCUGUAACAGACCCAGCUACAGCUGCUAUGAGCUGGAGACUGGCGCUGUGGUCUAAACCACUGAGCCUCUUGGGCUUGCCAAUCAGAAUGUUGGUGGUUUGAAUCCCUGCGACGGGGUGAGCUCCCGUUGCUCUGUCCCAGCUCCUGCCAACCUAGCAGUUCGAAAGCACACCAGUGCAAGUAGAAAAAUAGGUACUGCUGCAGCAGGAAGGUAAACAGCGUUUCCGUGCACUCUGGUUUCUGUCACGGUGUUCUGUUGCACCAGAAGCGGUUUAGUCCUGCUGGCCACAUGAGCCAGAAAGCUGAUUGUGGACAAACGCCAGCUCCCUCGGCCUGAAAGCGAGAUGAGCACCGCAACCCCAUAGUCGCCUUUGACUGGACUUAAUCGUCCAGGGGUCCUUUGCCUUUUACCUUACAGCUGCUGUGCAGUUGUGUGGGAGAAAGGCAAAACCAAUGAACACACAACAAGCGCAGGGGCUUGUCCACACUUGUGUUAUGUUCAGCUUCAAACCAUUUCACUCCUCCGCAUUUCCCCUUGUAUAUUGUUUCGUUUAGGUUUGGCUUGUCCUUUGACGAGGUUUUGAAAACAGAUUGCCUUGUAUACAUGGACCAACUUGCUUCCUACAUUGGCAUAAAACCGAGUGUCCCUGCGCUCCUUCUCCAAGAUCCAGAACUGGCCCUGAAGAUCUUCUUCGGUCCCUGCUCUGCCUACCAAUUCCGCCUGAGUGGACCCGGGAAGUGGGACGGGGCCAGAAACGCCAUCAUGACCCAGUGGGAGCGCACAGUGAAGCCCACAAGAAUCCGAGUGGUGGAAGACUCUGGAAGUUUCCUCACAUACCUGAUGAAAGUCCUUGCCAUCUUUGCUAUUUUUGUCGGGAUUUUCUUCAGUUUCAAUUAG